CCUCUGCGGAAAAGGAAGCCAUUAAGAGCAUGUACAGUAAAGUUAUGGACACAUACGGCCUUCUGGGUGUACUUCGACUUAAUCUUGGUAACCUGCUUCAUACAACCUAUGCUUUAUUGCAGUGUUCUGUCUGUCACAAGGUUAUUUAAUGCUCUGUUUAUACAUUCUUACUAAUUCGAACUUAAUGGGGGAUAAUUACAGAUCCUUUUCUCUGUUUCACCUCUUGGCCUUUCUAGUUAGCUCUGCAGGUUCAGAGAACAUGUGCUGGCUGGGAGGAUAUGCUUUAUCAGCAUUAAAAAUAUUUGGGUGUUUCUCUGCCCCCUGGUAAUUUGCAGUAUGGAUUCUAACUCUGUAAUUUUGAGAACUGAAAUGGUAAUUCCAGGAAAGCACUUUACUAUUUGAGCCUGUACAAAUGGGAUUAUUAAAGUUUAAAGAAAACUGUUCGACUGUUUUCAUUAUUUUUAGUUAAUGUAGCUUGUCUAACAAGGAACUCAUUACGCUAUAGGCAUCUUGUAACUGCAUCUACCUGCCUUUCUUUCUUUCGCACUUUCUUUCACGCCCGCUCUCUCUCUCUCUCUCUCUCUCUCUCUUUCACGCCCGCUCUCACGCUCUUUCACGCCCGCUCGCUCUUUCCCGCUCUCGCUCUCUCGCUCUUUCGCGCCCGCCCUCUUUCGCGCCCGCCCUCUUUCGCGCCCGCCCUCUUUCGCGCCCGCCCUCUCUCGCUCUUUCGCGCCCGCCCUCUCUCGCUCUUUCGCGCCCGCCCUCUCUCGCUCUUUCGCGCCCGCCCUCUCUCGCUCUUUCGCGCCCGCUCUCUCUCGCUCUUUCGCGCCCACUCUUUAGCGCCCGCUCGCUCUCUCUGGCUCUUUUGCCCGCUCUCGCUCUCUUUUGCCCGCUCUCGCUCUCUUUCUCUCUCCCUCUUUCGCCCGCUCUCGCUCUCUUUCUCUCUCUCUCUUUCGCCCGCUCUCGCUCUCUUUCUCUCUCUCUCUUUCGCCCGCUCUCGCUCUCUCUCUUUUUCUCUCUCUCUCUCUCUCUCUCUCUUUCAUCCUCUCUCUCUUUCGCCCGCUCGCUCUCUCUCUCUCUCUUUCGCCCGCUCUCUGUGAACUACAUUUCCAUAUUGACAUACUCUGUAAUUUAUAAUUAUAUUGAUAAAUAGUGUGAAUAACCCUAAAUGAUACUUCUAGUAAGAUUGCUUGUCUAUUUAUAUUAGUGUUAAUAAAUACAGUAAAAUAUGGUACCUUAAACACUCCUUUUAAACAACAUAUAGGCAGUUUUUAAUCCUAUAAAGUUUAUUUCCGUUUGCUGAUGAGCCCUUCAAUCUGUUCCUUUAGAAUUCCUACACUGUAUACUAUUCUGUAUUAUGUUGGUCAUCGCGCUUUUCCUUUUUAUUAUAGGGGAGGCCAUGUCACAUUAUCUAGUAGUAGUAACUGGGUGCAUGUCAGUUGGAAAGAUUCAGGAAUCGGAAGUGUUCCGUGUGACCUCCACAGAGUUUAUCUCCUUGAGAGCAGACCCAGAUGAGGACCGUAUGUCGGAAGUGCGGAAGGUUUUAAACUCGGGCAGUUUCUAUUUUGCUUGGUCUUCAACUGGAGUCAGUUUAGAUCUUAGCCUCAACGCUCAUCGCAGCACUCAGGAUCAAAGGACCGACAACAGGUUCUUUUGGUAAGAUAUUGUGUUUAUUUUGUUACCGUACAUAAACUGGACUGUUAAAUAUCUGGGUGCAAGAACUUGCUUUUGGUAAUAGUACAUCCCCCAACCUUUCCCCAAGGAAUACAGGCAAAAUAAGUUGGGAAUUAUCAAGUCAAAUAAUGAAAUGGUAGUAAAAGGCAAAACUAGAUUGGAUCAGGCACUGUAGUUUUGGGAAAAUACUUCACUCUGACAGCAUAAGCUUCUCCCAUUAUAUCCUUUCCCAUGUAAUUUACACUGUAUCAGACAACAGGGAGGGCUGGAAAGGAUGCCAUUAGCAAAAUAUCUUGCUAGUUUAACUCAAACAGUUGCCCACAACCCUAUGGGCAGCUGUAUAACUUAAAUUAGAAAGAUAUUUAUUUAUUGGGGUGUCUGUUUGCACAUUUCUGUAAGAAUAAGGCAGUAGACAGGAAUUGUGCAAGGCCUUUGCUAGCUCAGCUCUGUGUGGGUUGUGCAAGGGCUGAUGGUCUGCAGUUUCCUCCUGCCUUGCAUUGGCCCACUGGCAUGUUUCCUGGGGACUUCAGUAUCUGAGGCCAACCAGGCUGCCAUUCUAUGUUGAGUAUAUAAGUGUUUCCAAGUGUCCAUAGGGUGAGAUGAGGCAGUUAUUAUGACAUUCAUAAUAUGUUGUUGACAUCAUUGAUGGCAAUGAAGUUGCAGGAAACUGAGUCUGCUUUGUGAGUGUGAGCCAUGCUCCGAUCUCUGUGGCGGUUCCAUCACACCAUUCAGGUCGUUGCAGAGAAAUUUGAUGCCACACUUUGCAACUCCAGCAACCUCCAUUAAUGAAACACAUCCCAUGUUCUUCUUGGUUUGGACAGUCAACCUAAAGAACAUUUUUUUCUUUUUCUCUUGUAUACAAAAAAAAAGCUUAUCCACUUGUACUUGUCCCCAGGCCAAAAUUUGCCAACCCACCUGUAGUCUCAUGGUUAUGGUAUCCAUAAUAUUGUGAUUGUUAGCAGUGGAGAGAGGUCAGUGCUGCCAAUGGUAGAGACAAUGUACUCCCAGGUAGACAACAUUUUGUACAGAGAGGGGUCACAUCCUCUUUAUCACCUAUUCUUAAUCUUGUGGUACAAAAAAAAAUAGCAGCCUAAGGCAUAUUGUUCAAAAUUGCCUCUAGUGGCGUCUGACUCCCUGAUUGUCAGCCACUAGAGGCAUUCUAAAUAACUAAUGUGAAGAUUGCCAUUUCUCUGAAACGGAUAAUGCUUAAGUUCGUCAGACUGCAGGGACAGCAUCUAGGCACCAAAACCACUAUAUUGAGGUGUAAUUUUUUAGUACUUCGUGUCACAUUUAGACAUGCACAGAAUGAAACUAAGGUUAUAGAUUUUUUUUUAAUUUUUUUUUGUAAUACCAGGGAGUAUUGAUGUUUCAAAUGUUCAAGAAUUCUUUAUGCACCAAACCUUUUGUUUAACAGUUUCUAAUUUACACAGGAAUCAGUCUCUGCAUUUGCACCUGAAGCAUUACGGUGUGAACUGUGACGACUGGCUACUGCGCCUUAUGUGUGGUGGAGUGGAGAUUCGCACUAUUUACGCAGCUCACAAGCAGGCCAAAGCAUGCAUUAUUUCCCGUCUGAGCUGUGAGAGAGCUGGGACCAGGUUCAAUGUACGCGGAACUAAUGAUAAUGGCCAGGUUGCCAAUUUCGUGGAAACUGAACAGGUAAGACCUGCUCUAUAAUGUUGUACUUACUUUUAUUUUUUAUUUUUUUCGUUUUUACCAGAUAGUUCUGUUAUUUUCUUUCAUUUUCACAUUGGUGGAAGAAUUUUUUUUCUGCAGCUCCUAUUCAGCUGCUGGAGAAUCGAUUGUACUAAUGAUCUGGGGAUCUUUGUGACUCCUGGGUACUGCGAGUGAACGUUAAUUACUGCAGCAAGUAAGCUGCCUGUAAUGUGCCUGCUGCGUUUUAAUGAUAUAAAUUAUUUAAAAUCUCCUCUUAGCCUUUCUUGUGUCAAUUGUUUUCUGAUGUGGUGUCAGAAUGUGAAUUCAAAGAAUGAUGGAUACUACUUAAUCCCGGAGUAGAUCAGACUGUACUAUCCUCUGCCCAGAAUGUAAUUGUGUGGGUAACAAUGAGAGAUUAUGCCCUUGUGUUUGCACUAUACCAGAUAGUGGUGGUUGGCUGGCAACCUACAUGCCAACCUUUACCGCAUUUCAGUACUUACAGUUGCUAUGAAUAUGGUGGUUUGCGGAACUGCAGAACGCAACCAUAUAACAUUACUUGAUUUAGGUGGAAGUCCAUUCACUGUUUUAGUGCCUGUGGUAUAGCGUGUGUAUCUGGCAACCCUCAUUCCCAAAACCAGUACAAAACAUGAAAUGGUUAAUAAUACAACUGUGAAUGCACCUUUGUUUUUUUUCCCUCUGCAUUUACAUGAUGGGAGCUGUAUUCCAAGUUGCAUGUUUAAUCCAGUUGCUGUAGAGUAGAGUGAACUCCCACCAUACCAUGCUGGCAAAAUGCUGGCCAAGUUUGGAGGCAUAUACAGUUUGUAGGACUGGAGAGGCAAUAAGCUAAUGUGCAUUGUGACUCCCAUCAGGUUUAGUGUACAUCAUGGGUGUUGCAGUCUGUCUCGUGCACUCAAGCUGUGGUGCUCUGCACCAGUCAUCAGGCAUUACACCACAAGACGUUUGGUACAAGUUGUACUGGAUAAAACAAGUCUGUGUCUAUACAAUAAGCAAUUGUAUGUCUCUGUGCAGGUUGUGCGAGUGGGUUUAAAUACACAUUUUUAAAACCACUUUGUUUAGGUAGCCACUCUUUUUAGAUACCCACUUUAAGUUCCUGGAUAUUUUCAAGGUAUUUUAAUGUUUGUAUCAGUGCUCCACAUGUGUUUAACAAAAUUGGCCUUUCUAUUGGGUCUUCUGAAUUCAUAAAUGCAUUGGCACUAGAAGGGUUAACAAUGUUUCCACUACGUUUAACUAUAAUGUUUAAUUGCUUGCUAAUUAUUAUGUUUUUAUUUUAUCACUUGUUAAUUUGUCUAGUUUUAGGGUAUGUAUUCCUGAAAAUUUAACUCUGCAAUUCUGUUUUGUUUUGUUUGUAGUGUUAUUUGCAUAACCCCUAGAGUCCAUACAAUUCCAUAUAUGUGUUUUCUAGAUGUAUCUGUAUAUUUGUGGACAUUUUUCUUAGAGUGCAACUCUGGCUUUAGAUUUAUGUAUGUAACCUGAGCCGCCAAUUAUCCUGGAGGAGAAAUAUGACAUUAAUAUCGUUCCCUAAUCUGUACGAGCUUGCUGUGAAAUUGAAACUGGAAUUCAUAUUUCUAGUGACUUGUCAGUAAAAUUAUUCAAUACAUUUAUAUAAUAACUGUGUAACGAGACAGCAGGCAGAGCUCAAUGUAUUGUUUACACUUCUGAUAACACUGUAUGUUUUAGAUUGGAUUGAGUUCAGUUUUUAUUGCCAUUUUUAUUAUUUUCCCAUAACAACAUUAGUAAUGAAAAAUGUUUAUUCUACUAUAAGGCUAAGCAGAUUUAUUUUUCAUGAUUUCUUUCCCCCCACCAAUCUUUUUACUUAUUUCCAUUAGGUGAUCUACCUCGACGACUGCGUAUCUUCCUUUAUACAGAUUCGAGGAUCUGUUCCUCUGUUCUGGGAGCAACCUGGAUUACAGGUAUGUUGAAGAUGGUGGAUUGUCCAAACGUUGUUCCUUAAAGGGGAACUGCUACUUUACAGAAGUUUUCAUAUUUUGUUUACUUCUCUCCUGUAUUUUAGAAUUACACAUUUGUGAAAUGUGAAAAAUAAAAUUAAAUGUUGAAAUCAACAACUCUUUAUCCUGCAACCGGGUGCCUCCAUCUUGGUUCUCUGUCAGACAUUGUUAUAAGCCCUGACUUUUGCAUCUGGCGUCAGCAUAGAGACUUAUACAAGGAAGCGGAGAAAUUAAACCAUUUUAUUUUCCCUUUGUUAUUUGGAGCACUUUUCCUCAUCAUUUUUAUUUUCUUGUUUCUCCUAAAGUAUAGUGUCUUGUUCGUAGCACCCAAGCAGUGAUUUUUAAGAGCUGCUGGCUCCUACAAAUGGGUGUACCAGACUUUGAGGCCUAAAAAGAAUUAUAUAAUUGGUAGCGGUUGGGACAUGUGGUACAACAUAGUGAAUAAUAGCAAGUAAGACUGAUAGAACAUAGUGAUGGCAGCCAGUAACCUAGAUUGAGCUGUAACCAUUUAUAACAUCGCGUGUGUAGUAGCCAGCAAUGCUGAUACAAGAUGGCGUGGUGUGUUUACAAAAUGUAAUAUGUGACUGGUAUAGUUUCUGCGUGAAUUUGGCAAUUGUACAUUCUAAACAUGUCUCUACAGGUUGGAUCUCACCGUGUAAGGAUGUCCCGUGGAUUUGAGGCCAACGCACCUGCUUUUGAUAGGUAUGAAACAUAAAUGCUUAGUUUGUUUAAAUAAAGUUUGGAUGUAUAUCUGCUGGCUUCUGCAUUUUAAUUCAACAUAAUUUGUAUUCGAUAUUGAGUAUAAAGUGGAAAAAUAAUUAUGGAGUAAAGAAACACAAACCAUUAAUUGGUGGGUUUAGAAGGUCAAUAAAUUGACAGUGUUGAAAGAGGUAAGUCAAGGGGUACAGGUGAGAGGGGUAUUUCAGAAUGACCCUUGGGACCAUCAGCACGGUGUAUCCUGUUCAGUCAAAUGAAGGAGAGCAUAACCUGUCAGAAAUAAUAAUACAAGGGGGCGGGGCCUGAGUGGCAUGUAGGAGAGACGUGCAUUGAAGGAGCUCCAUAACCAUUAUGGCAAAAAAGCAGUUUUCUACUUCCACAAGCUUGAUCUAGACUGCACCCAACGACUUACCUUCCUCUUGACCCAGCAGAGAAUCCAUGUGGAUGAGAGCUCACAUCGGGCACCACUUGAACCAUGCGGCUGAACUAGCCCCGGGUGGGAAAGGCGGCCGGCCUGGGGCUGCCAGUCGGCAUUUUGCCCUGUACAAGUGCCCUGUUACCCCCCUAUCCCCAUUGAACUAGUGUGGUUAAACCCAGUCCAACCCUGGGAGUCUGCCCUGAACAAAUGGGAUCACAGGGUGAAACGACAGGGCAUAGUGCAAACCUCAACAACUCACCCUGACGCCACGCGAACCCCCAACGACACAGGGGAAAAGCAAGACAUAUUUUCCUCAAUGCAGGGCGGCGUACAGGAGGAAGCAAUUGUGGCUCAGUGCUGGGACUCUAAAACAGGCAGAGGUACUGGGGGAAAACCCAAUGGUGGCAUGUGAUGCUACCCAGUGGCAUACAUCGAGGCCCGGAGGCCUAACCCUCUUAAAGUUGUGGGACUCUGUUAUACGCCAAGUCAGCAUAGGUUGAUCUGGGUCCACUGAGAAAUGCUCUAGGCCCUUCAUAUUACUGCCCUACCAAAGAGUUCACGUGAACAUCCUCUUUCUCUCACCCGCUGAUUCCUCUGGCUUAUUCCCAUUAACAUGCUAUUAGCUGGGGGGCCUCCCGGGAAAAUCUUUCUGAUACCUCUCAUGUUGAAUUAUGCCUGUUUAUAUAAAAAAAAAGUGUGCCUUUGAAUAGACAGGUUCAAACUGUAUUACAGAUUACUACAUGUACAACCUGUGUAUUCACGCAUUGUUUUCAACAUGCCUACUCCGUUUAGUAUUAAGCCUGUAACUCUUGUAUUAUUGUUUUCUUGUUUAAAAAAUAAAAAAGUACAGUACCUCAUGACCACUCAUACUGAUGUCUUGUUACAUUAUUUUAUGAUGUAUGUCAUAUUGGCAACAUGUCUUUGAAUCUGCACUGCAAAAAUAAAGAAUUGAAAGAAAGAGAAUAUAAAUUUUAAAAAACCUAGCUUGGCCUAGGUUUUGUCUUGGAUAUCCCAGGAGGUGGACCUAUCCCCCUAUAUCUCUUUUUACAUUGACCGGUAGAGCCAUGUGAUUGUGUAUUUUGUGGUGGUGGUUUUUUGUUAAAGGCAUAUAUAGACCUAAUAUCUUCUGAAGUUUUGCUCAGAUAUAACAUUAUCUGAGGAUAUUCACUUGAAUAUCACCGUCAUUUGGAAAAGUGCAGUUUGCCCAGUCCUGAUGUGUUUUAACACAAGCUAAGUAAUCCAGUUUCUUCUUUAUAACUUCACAGGCACUUCCAAACCCUGAAACGACUGUAUGGAAGGCAAGUAAUAGUGAACUUAUUGGGGUCUAAGGAAGGAGAAGCCAUGCUGAGCAGAGCGUUUCAGGUGAGCUCAAGUAGCAGGAGGAAUAAUUAUAACUAUAAUAAAAGGUUGAGAAAAGUCUAAAACCCCCCCCCCUGAAAAAUCCUUAUUGACCCCAAAGUAACUAUCAAUUGCUAAUCCGUUAAACCAGCUGCUAUCACUUUAUAUAUGUGACUGUUAUCAAUGUCUCCUGCUGAAUGCGAUGAUCAGUAUAUAUCAGCUCCUGUCAUACUGGCAAAUAGAAAGCACGUGAUCACAUAUGUAGCUUCUGUCAUUUUGCUGUAAAGUGAAUGUUUUCUGUCAUUUUGCUUUCUAUCUUUUGCAGAGCCACCUAAAAGCAUCUGAGCAUGUUGCAGAUAUUCUGAUGGUAAAUUUCGACUAUCAUCAAAUGGUCCGAGGGGGUAAAGCUGAAAAACUCCACAGUGUCCUUAAACCUAAAUUCAACGCGUUCUUGGAAGAUUGUGGAUGUUUUUAUCUUGAUAAGAAUGGAGUUCACAGGUUUGUCAGAUUCUUCUUGUUUUUCGUAAAUUAAAUUUUUUUUUUUUAUGAAUAUUUUUUAGAUGGCAAUAAAAUCUAUAUGUUCCAUAGUGACUAUUCUUCAUGAAGCUUGUCAUUAAGUGUUCUGUCAACAUAUCUGUUAUUGUAUCUUAAAUUUGAUUACCUUAAUUAUUUGCGCUUUUUUUUUUUUUAAUGGUACAAUAAAAUAAGGGCCCCAUUGCUCUCCACAAUUUAUAAGGUUAAUCCAGACUUAAACCCCUUGCUCACGGUGCCUAAAGGGAUGGUGGCUAUACCUCACUUACGAGGCCUAACAAGGCUGAAACGAUCGUCUGGGGUUGCUGUAUUUCGGCCUGCAUUUUGGAUUUAGACUGCAUUUUGGCUGGGAUCAGUCUGAUAUCUAAGUAAUUUAGUUUCUCUCUGUAAUGGCACAAGAUGAGUUAAAACCAUGUUGAGAACUGAAUUGUUAAUGCUCAGCAUUCUCUUGUGCCGUGUUUUAGUUUGUUAGGUUUCCUUAACGUCCUGAUUCAUCUUCCAUCACGACCUAUGUUUUAAAUGGUGUUAUGGGCAAAUUUCCUCUCUACAACAUGGCAGCAUCCUUUCCUUUAUUAUGGGCAUGAAUUGAGUGAUUACUGGAUACAGCUCAUAACUCACCCUGCAGCAGGUGUGAAGCAUUGGCAGCAAUUAUUCACACUGACAUACUCACUGCUAGAUCUCCCGACAGACUGACCUAGUGAUGUCAGGAGUGGCCUGGCAAUCUACGAUGAAACCGUUUUAAAUCUACUUUUAAAGGGCAUGAAGGGAAACGGUCAUAUUGGUGGAUUAUGAAAUAAAGAAUUGAGUGUUCCAACAAUGACUCUUUAUAAAAUGUCAUAUACACAAACACAUUGGUGGGGGAGAGGGGUAUUUGGCAUCAAACGUGGAUAAAAUAACAUGAAAUGUACAGAUUAAAAUCUUUAUAUUUACCUGAAGCUUGCUUCUCCUCCACCAAGAUGGUCACUGCAGUUGGUCAGACAGCUGACCAUUUGGUAUUUUGAGAUGUUGCAGGAUUAGGCAAGAAUCGUCAUGUUUGUAGUGUUUUUUUGCAAGUAUGGCCAAAAAUGUUAUUGCUGAUUAAAAUGUAAUCCAUGUGUUUUGCUAGCAAUUUGCUCUGUGUAAUGUGCAGGCAAAGUUUAAUUAUCUCCAGUGGCACACCAUGUAAAUUUUGUACUUGAAUAAGGCAUCAAGUCAGCCUAGAAUGGACAGAUCUGGAUUAUGUUUUCUGUUAAUCACAAAGACUUGUCACCAGGUAAAACAUGCUGUAACUGUUCAAACAAGACAUGUGCCUUACCCUGCUGUACAAACAUAUCCGUAAAAAGCGACUCUCUCAGAGGCAAAACUAUGUACCCCUUCUGUUACCUACUGUGUAACAUCAUAACUAACUCUUGAGGGGUCUUAUGGGUUCUCUGAGAAAUCAUAUACAACAGCCAUGUUCAGAUACGAGCGCAAGUCUCUUCAUUCGUAAAAAAAUUUAAGUUUGCUGCUGUUAGCUUGAGAGAAGUUCAAUUUGUAUCUUUACGUGAAUUAAACUACUCCUGAAUACUGAUCUGCAAACUGCCAUUUUAUAGCAAACAUCAUAAAUUCAGCGUAUCUCUCGAUUCUGUUUUAUGUAUUUAUUUUUGCUUUUUAAUUAUCUCCAUGUAAAAGGUAGAAUGCAUCCUGGGGUAUCUCUUUAUCACCCCCAUUAAAAUACAGCUUUACUCCUAUUUAUAAAACUUGAUUGGUAACACCCAAAUGGUGUUCAAUUUGAAUUCACUCUUUUUUUUUUUUUUUUUUUAACGUUUUCCCUUUCACAGAACCCAAAGUGGCAGCAUCAGAACCAACUGCCUGGAUUGUCUGGACAGAACCAACAGUGUUCAGGCUUUCCUUGGGCUAGAGGUGAGGCUUGAAAUCCUAUUUCAUUUAACUGCUCUGUAUUCUCCAAAUAACUGCCUGACCCUGCGCUGAUCCUAUUAUUGGGGAAUGUGGCCAUUGAUUGAAUACCCUGUAAUGUAAGAAACCAAUAUUCCUCUCUGGAACCCAUUUAUCCCACAUUUGGUUUUGUGUUAAGUCUCUUUACUGCUUUCUUUUCGCAAAACCUGAGCCAGUUACAAAGGUGUUUGUCACUUUACUGGGUAGCAUAUUACCCUAAUUGAGUCUUCUAACUAUAUUGUAAUGAAGGGAUGCCAAACUGCUGCCUCCCAGACAUCAGAUUGUAUCUCCCACAAUGCUUUGCAAGCCUACAGAUGUUGGAGAGUUAUGUAAAUGGUUGUCUAACAGCAUUUGGUGGGGCAGUAUUCAGCAACCUGCAAAGGGAGUUUAUGUAAGUAUUACACUUAGUGUGAUCAAUAAUAGUAGGAUGCAGAACGAGUAUUUGCUGGACGGACAGCCAUUAGGUUUAUUUGCCUAAUUGGAAUACGUUUAGUAGCCUAAGAAGUGUUUUUUAUUAACACACCAAUACAAUUACAAUAUGUACUACAGUUGUUCUUGCAGUUUAACCUUUAUCUUAAGAAAGCACAUGUAGUCGAUAUAAUAUGUCAAUAUUACUCUUGCCAUGUUUGUCCAAUAAUUCCGUUGCUAUAAUAACAGUAUUACAGUAUUAAGUGAUACCUUCUUAAAUGAAGUAACAAUACAUAUUAAAAGACCAGCUUUUCAGCGUUACAUCUCGUCGUCAUAGCACAAGCAAUCCUGAUAUAAUGGAAUGUCUUCUAAAAAAGAGAGAGAAUUCUCAAACAUGUCUUUUAAUGUGUAUUGUGAGUAAGGGAUCACGUCAUACUGCAAUGCACCUGUUAUUCUUUAAAUACACACUCAGAAUGUACCGGUUUUCCUUUUUCACUGUAUUGAAUCAUCCACAUUCACUUAAGUUAUUUUAGAUCUCAGGGAGUAAUAAGUCCUAGUUGCAAGAAAGCCGUGGCUUCUAAAAUGUAUGUGUAUAUAUUUAUAUAUGUGUCAAUAACAUAUUCUUAUCACAGGCUCCACAAAAUGUUUAUUCCUACAUAGACAUUACUGGCCCCUAGAAUUUACAAACAUUCAUUCAGAAGGCAUGGUGUUUACAUCCGUUUUCAAGCUUUCGUGCAUUGUUUUGUAUAGGUCAUAAUAUAUAUAUACUUUUUUUUUUUUUUGUGUGUGUGUGAAUAUUUUAACCUUAUAUUUUGUAACUGUUGCAUGCUACCACAAAGUAUUUGAGGCUGUACGCAUGCUUAGCCUCUUCUUUGUUACUUUUGAAUUCAGGGAUUAAGACAUUUAGAUCAAAUAAUUUCUGGAAGCUGCCAGACUGUUAACAAGUCUGUAAAAUUACUAGUUAAUAACUCAUUCUAAAUUGACUGGUGUACCGCUACAUUACACUGAUAAAAAACAAGCUGUGAUGUCUCUGUACACAAAAUGCAAUUUUAUUAAAUGUGAUAGUUUUCUUAAAGAAACACUAUAAGGUCAGGAACAUAAACAUAAAUUACUGACCCUAUAGAGUUAAAACUACCAUCUAGACUCCCUAAAAAUAGUUAAAUCUUACUUGUACUCAAGUCUGCCGCUGCUGCCUCUGCCCCUAAUCUGCCUGCUUGGCUGACAUAAUCAAAAGUGGGAAUCCCAAGCCAAUCACAAUCCUUUCCCGUAGGAUUGGCUGAGACUCUCAAGGAGGCAGAUCAGGGGCAGAGCCAUCAUAUGUCUCAAACAGCCCUGGCCAAUCAGCAUCUCCUUUUAGAGAUGCAUUGAAUCAAUGCAUCUCUGUGAGGAAAGUUCAAUGUACCCAUGCAGAGGGUGGAGAUACUGAAUGGCAGUACUGCACAGUGUACAGCACUGCCCCAGGAAGCACCUCUAAUAGCCAUCUGAGGGGUGGCCAGUGGAUUAAUCCCUAGGCUGUAAUGUAAACCCUGCAUUUUCUCUGAGAAGACAGUGUUUAUUGCAAAAAGCCUGAAGGGGAUGAUUCUACUCAUCAGAACAAAUGCAAUAGGCUGUAGUUGUUCUGGUGACUGUACUGUCCCUUUAAGGGCCAUUUCACCUUGUUUGAAGAAAUUCUAUGAUUUUCUAUAUUGUGCUUAAAGCAGUUCUCAAACAUGUACAUGUAUUCCUACUGUUAUACUAACUUUUUAGAUUAUCACUAUUUACAUGUAAGAAAAUAGUUUUAUUUACAUUUAUUGUCUGUCGCUCCAGUCUCACCAAGGCCACCAAACUUGCUCUGGCUGAGAUCACCAAUACUAAUGAUCUCAAGUCAAUCAACUGCUAUAGGAAAACUUUAUUAUGCAGCAAUAAAAACUGUGAAAAGGCAAUGUUUACACUGUUGAGACCCCAGGGACAAACCUUUUGUAAGUUGUAGUGGUUAUGGGGCAUAUAGGGUCCCUUUAAAUGUAAAGAAAAUAUGUAACAAUGUGUAUUGGAAAAGCCCACUCAUGACCAUGUUUCAUUGCUUAUAUGCCCAAGGAACACUUAGUCUGCCAUUGUUCAUAUCUCUUGUUUAGCACCAAAGUUGGACUGUUGAGAUGUGUUCCGAUUUGUUAAUAAAAUUGUUUACUAAUUUUGGAUGUUUUGUUUAGAUGUUAAUAAAGCAGCUUGAAGAUCUUGGUUUGGCUGAAAAACAACAACUCGUGACCCGCUUCCAGGAAGUGUUUCGCUCCAUGUGGUCCACAAACGGCGACUCCAUAAGUAAAAUUUAUGCCGGCACUGGAGCUCUCGAAGGCAAGGCUAAGGUGAGAAACAGAUUAUUUUAUCAGAAAAGCUGACUCUUUCCCAAUGGGUCUAUUAUAUUAAUAUUGUAUAAUGAAAGAUCCUCUUACUUAUUCUGGCUAGUAUACAAAGUAUUAGCUAUUAGAUAUGCAUGACCUUAUUGGUGUUCGAGGUACGGAAUGGUGAUAAACACUGCACUCUUUAAGGCCUUAAAACAGGAGUGACCUACGAUUCCCAUGAUGCCUAGUCAUCUUGUUCUAAAACCCAGAUUCACUGUGAGAAGCUCUCUCAAGGACAUUUAUGCUCCUGGUUAUUUAUCUUGGCUGGUUAUAAUCUAAUGGGCAGAUGACAGUCUUUGUGAUAUACUGUGCAUUAGCUUAUUAAUUGCAUCUCUAAUACUCUAGUGAAAUAUUUUAUCUAAAACAUCAGAACUGAUUGUUCUUUCCCAGUCCUCUGUGCUGCUAUGAACCCCAGACUAAAUCUAUAAAUCUUUGCAAGAAUCUUUUCUCUCUUUAACUGCCUGAACUAAUUACUGACCAGCCAUCUGAAUCUGACUAUUGAAUGCUUUUAUUGUCCUUGGACCGAGCAACAGGAUCUAAAAAGCAACACCCUCCCUUUCUACCAGGACAACAGGCUGGCUUAGAUUGAUUGUAGAUACAGGCUAUAGUUUUCAACGUUGAGAUUGUCUUCUAUGUGUAAUUUAUAUCAUCACAAGAAAUGCAGCAACUGUUUUGUGUUUUCUAAUGCAGAUAACCUUUAUUAUAUCAUUUUAAUAACUCAAUUGCCAACUAUAUAGGGGUGGGGUGGGGGGGGGAACCAAAUACAAAACACAAAAAAUAGCAUUGAUAGAUUAAUUGAUCAUCUUUGUAUUGUGCUAGUGGAACUACUAGCAAAUGUAUAUAUCUUAAAUUAAACAAAUCGUAAAAAACAUGUAAUGCCUCUUCUGACAUGUCAAUCAAUUAAUAAUGACUGGCAAAGGUUCAUGGGAGUUUUGGUUCUUUAAUAUUCCUUCUCUAUGAUUACCAGAAAGUUUUGUUUUAAGUGACAGGUCGCUCUGUUUACUGAAUGGCUUAAUUCAUUAUUUCUCCUGUGUGAAUACAUACAGCGUUGCAUUGCUUCAGUUUUUCAUUUCUUGCUUUAUCACCUUCCCUUUCUCUCUUUCUCUGUAUAAAAUGGAGAUAUUAUGAUAUUUUCUAACAUCUUAUCUCUUGACUGCUUUCCUCCUGCCUUCUCUUGGGGCCUCUUCAAAUUAAUGUGUGUCUGGUGAGUAUUUAUCAUCCAGUAUCCGGUGCUAGUGGUCAGCUGUGCAUGUUUUACUGGUGUAUAAUAGAAUGUUAAAGUCAAAAUAAACCAACUGUGUCCCCCUUAUGCAUAAUCUAUUCUAAAAUAAACAAACUAAAUAAAUGUAAAAAAAAAAAGAAAACUGGCAAAUGGUUGUGGGUCUCAUGUAAAAGAUCAAACAAACAGAUAAAAGCUAAACCAUUUAUUUAUUUAUAAUUCCUAGUAUCCUAAUCACCUGAAGUGUAGCAUAAGUAAUCAAAGUACCAUUUUAAGUGUCAGAUGUGUGCAAUGCAUUCUGGGUACAAAUAUGGCAUUCAGACGGUUCAGUAGAAUAGAAUGCCCAACAUCCUGGCAAUCCUUGCAUUGUGGGACACAGGAGAAUGGGAAGGAUUAAAAUCACAUGCUUAUUGACUAUAGGGAAAACAGAUGUGGAGAUAAGUUCCUGUGUGUUUACCUUGCUAUUUUGUGUUUGUGUUGUCACAGGCUGGAAAGUUAAAGGAUGGUGCAAGGUCAGUAACCAGAACAAUCCAGAGCAACUUUUUUGAUGGCUCCAAACAAGAAGCAAUAGAUGUUCUGCUUUUGGGGAAUACCCUGAACAGUGAUUUAGCAGAUAAAGCCAGGGCCUUGCUAACCACUGGAAGCUUACAUGGUAUGUGUGUUUCAUUUAUCAUAAGCAUGUCUAAAGUGUCCUGGUGCUUCCAUUCACAGUGUGGAUCCAUGCACUGGAUCGAUCAGGGGCCCCCGGGGUCUGGGACUGAAAGCAGUCUUCCUGGUCUAUUUUUGAAGAGUUGUAUUGGAAAUGGAGAAACAGAAUUUUGUUUUGUUUUCUCUAACUCUUUUUAUGUGCGCUCUAAGUUGACAGACAGGUUUAAUGUGGGGGAAAGGGGGUGCUCGUUUGUGCUCGUAACAGUGAUUAACAGGCACUCCAUUUCUUGAAUAGAUGUAAAUACAGCUUGCAGAUGACUUCUGGUAAUUUUUUAUUUUCACACUUCACAAAAACAUAUUGUUUGUUGUUUUUUUUUAAUGGGAUUAAGUAAACAUAGUACAGUAUUACAGAUCCUGGAAAGUGAUGGUCUCUCUUUUUAAUAGGAUUAUUUUUUAAUUAUUGGUUAUCACAUACAAUUACAUAGAAUUUGACGGCAGGCGGAUAAGAGCCAUUUGGCCCAUCUAGUCUGCCCAAUUUUCUUAAUACCUGCAUUAGUCCCUUAUCUUAUAUCUAGGAUAGCCUUAAGCCUAUCCCACGCAUGCUUAAACUCCCUCACUGUGUUAACAUCUACCACUUCAGCUGGAAGGCUAUUCCAUGCAUCCACUGCCCCCUCAGUAAAGUAAUACGUCCUGAUAUUAUAUUUAAACCUUUGCCCCUCUAAUUUAAGACUAUGUCCUUAUGUUGUGAUAGUUUUCCUUAUAUUAAAUAUAAUCUUCUCAUUUACUGUGUUGAUUCCCUUUAUAUAUUUAAAUGUUUCUAUCAUAUCCCCCCGUCUCGUCUUUCCUCCAAGCUAUACAUGUUAAGAUCCUUUUCCUUGUAAGUUUUAUCCCGCAAUCCAUGAACCAGUUUAGUAGCCCUUCUCUGAACCCUCUCUAAGGUAUCAAUAUCUUUCUGAAGAUACGGUCUCCAGUACUGUGUACAAUACUCCAAGUGAGGUCUCACCAGUGUUCUCUACAAUGGCAUGAGCACUUCCCUCUUUCUACUGCUAAUACCUCUCCCUAUACCAUCAAGCAUUCUGCUAGCAUUUUCUGCUGCUCUAUUACAUUGUCUGCCUACCUUUUAAUCAACUGAAAUAAUUACCCAUAAAUCCCUUUCUUUAGAUGUUGAGGUUAGUGCUGUAUCAAAUAUUCUAUACUCUGCCCUAUCUUGCGCUUGUCCACAUUAAAUAUCAGUUGCCACAGCUCUGACCAUUUGCAUGAAAUGCAAAGGAAAGGUAUAAAAACACAAAGUAAUUCUAUAUUUUAUUUAUAGUGCUAUAGUGUUCUUCUCUGCCUUUAGUUUAAGAGCCAACCCAAUCUAAAUUUAAAAAAAUGGGGGAAAUGGGUUUUGUUCCCUUUUUUUUCCAGUGUGGAGAUCCAGUUCCUUCAGCCGCUUGAUCCGCAUCCCUUGACAUCAUGCAGUUUUUGUUUUUGUCCAAUCCAAUAGUCCUAACAGGGGAGAAUUGGGGAAGCAAAGUGCAUGCAAGUCCAGCACUGCGCUUCUCCAGUGAAAUGGAAAUUAGCUGUGAGAACAGAGUUUCUCCUUUUUUCUCAGCAGAAGCCCCACUAGUGUCUGUUAGGAAAUGUAAGCAUUUCUGUAUCUAUUAAACAACAAUGCUUUACUUUGCAGAUUCAAACUAAAGUGCCAUUGUCCCCAGAUCACAUUGACAUUGAGUGGUUUGGGUGCCUAGUGGUCCUUUAAAGGUAUAUUCACCAACUGCUGAACUGGCUUUUUCAAAUUUGUUUUUUUAUUUGUCUCAACACUCCUGCAUUUGGUUGUUAAAAUUUCUCUGUGGUUUACUGUAUUCACUAAACCAUACCAAAUAAAGCCAAAUGGAUCCCUGCUAUUUUCAAAUGGGGUUUCCCUGCUACAAAAAAAGCCAUAAAUGUAAAUCCCUCCCUUCUCAGCUGCUGGGUAGGUCUAAGGGGUGGUAGGGAUAAUAUUGUAUGUGUGCUGCUGUAUUUUUGUCAGUGUAUGUGUUAUUAUAAUUGUUAGUGAAAUUGUAGUUUAGUGUAGGUUUGUGUGUGUUUCUGGAAGUGAGUGUUCGCAUGUGUCUAUAGAUGUCUGUCUGUUAGUUUUUCGAUCAGUGUACAAGUGUCAGUGUAGAUCUCUGUAUGCGUUUUUGUGUUUGUCCAUGUACAAAUGUAAACUUGUUUUUAAGUGUUUGUGUGUGUGUUCAUGAAUGAGCAUAUUGCUAAUUAGGUUGGCGUAUGUGGCAAGUUAUGUACGUGUGCGGAUAGUUAUUUAUGAAUGUGGCUAAUUACACGCAUGUAAAUGGACAACUCUGUCAGAUGAAAUGCUAACUUUGCUAAUUAUGUGUCUGUGGCUAGUUAUGUAUGUGUUUGUGUGAAGUAUUCAGGUUGGGACCUCUUGCAUAUUUUUUCACACAUGUCCCUGGAAAUGAUAAGGAUGGUCCGAUUAUUCGCUUUCUCCUUUUUACAUCAUUGCGUACUUAAAAAGUAUGGCUGACGUUGGAUUUUAUGAUAUUCUAUUAACCAAAUCUCUAUCCUUUCUCCUCUGCUGCGUCAUCAGUCUCUGAACUCAUGUUACAAUCAGGUACAGUCAUUUUAAUUGUUGAUGGCGAUAUAAACAUUCUACAUUUGCCAUUCAUCUCUGUAUAUCUUAGUAACCCUGUUAUUGCUAGCACACAAUGAACCGCUGACAAAACGAGCAGUUAAGUCUUCUUUUUGCCUUUUGUAUUUUUUACCUCACAUUUUUAAAGUAUCCCUCUUGUUAUAGUUUCAUCAGUGCGUUUAAUGAGUUUGUAAAGAUUAGUUAAUUAAUUGAGACAUUUUUCUUGAUUUAUAGCUUCUCCCAGAGUCCUACGGAGCAUGUGUGAAAAUUAUUACAGAUAUUCGAAACCCAGAAAAAUCAGAAUCUGUGUUGGGACCUGGAAUGUCAAUGGUGGGAAGCAGUUCAGAAGUAUUGCAUUCAAGAAUCAAACUCUAACAGAUUGGUUGCUGGAUGCUCCAAAGAUUGCAGGGAUUCCAGAGUUUCAGGGUAAAAGAUAUAUUAAAUUUUUUGUCUUAAACUUAUCGGACGUUGACUGCUUACCUUGGUUUCUAUAGCUUUUUUUUAAUUAUGAUACAUUAUGUGAAAAAGUAGUCCACAAUAACUGUAGAUAGCAUGGCAAAAAGCCAACCAUCACUGCUAUUGCCUCCUUCCUUGACACCACUCAAUUAAUAACUCAACCUUUUUUAUUUUGUCACUUUGUUACUAAGAUGUUGUCUAUCUUCAUGGCCAGUUGAAGACUACACCCUAAUCAAUCAGUUUUAAAUUAUAAAUUAUUCUCAUGCUCAUUCCAGCACUUGUUUUGAACAGUUUAACCCUGAAUUAGGGUCCCUGACUUAACUGGAGGUAGGGAUAAGGUAGAGAUUACAGACUUCUUCUAGCCAUACUGGUUCAUACCAGCAAUGGCACUGUAUUAGACUGAAUUCAGUCAGCUUACACUCUCAGCCAAUCACUGCUGCUUAGGCAAAUGCUUCUUCCAGCACAGAGGGACAAAUGCUUGCUUAGUGUUAAACCAUAAAACCCAGUUUAACUCUGAAUGGAAGGACAGUACCAGGGGAUUGCAGAAACUAUAACACCUUCAAUGAGAUGAAGCAGUGACAGUGCCUAUAGUUACAUAGCUGAAUAGAGACUUGCGUCCGUCAAAUUCAGCCUUCCUCACAGUUUUUGCUGUUGAUCCAAAAGAAGGCAAAAACCUAGUCUGAAGCGCUUCAGAUUUUGCAACAAACUAGGAAAAAAUUCCUUCUUGACCUUAAAAUGGCAGUCAGAUAUCUCCUUGGAUCAAGCAGCUAUUAUCCCACUAAUUAAAAAAUUAUAUCCCUGUAUUUUAUGUUUUUGGAAGUAUUUAUCCAAUUGCUGUUUAAACAUAUUUAUGGACUCUGAUAAAACCAACUCUUCAGGCAGAGAAUUCCACAUCCUUAUUGCUCUUACUGUAUAAAAACCCAACAACUUUUCUUUGCCUUAGAUGAAAUCUCCUUUCUUCCAGCCUAAAUGCGUGACCUUGUGUCCUAUGUAUAGCAAUGUUUAUGAAUAGAUUUCCAGAUAAUGGUUUGUACUGGCCCUGAAUAUAUUUGUAUAAUGUUAUCAUAUCCCCUCUGAGGCGCUGUUUUUCCAAACUAAAGAGAUUUAAAUUUUUUAACCUUUCUUCGUAACUAAAAUACUCCAUUCCUUUUACCAGUUUUGUAGCUCGUCUCUGCGCUUUUUCUAGUUCCAUGAUAUCCUUCUUUAGAACAGGUGCCCAAAAUUGCACAGCAUAUUCAGUCCCCCAAUCUAUCUAAAUCCUUCUGCAGCAAAGCAAUAUCCUGCUCACAUUUUCUUACUUUACAAAGUUGUGUGUCAUCUGCAAACACUGAAAUAUGGCUUUUAAUGUCUAUUACAAGAUAAUUUAUAAAUAUGUUAAAUAGAAGUGGUCCCAAAACAGAACCCUGAGGGACACCACUUACCAUUAAUGACAACUUGUUGUACUCUAUCUUUAAGCCAAUGUUCUACCCAAGAACAAGAAUAUUCUUCUAGACCAAUUUCUUUUAGUUUGAAGACUAACCUAUUGUGAGCAACCGUACCAAAUGCCUUGGCAAAAUCCAAGUAGAUCACAUCCACUGCAACACCCUGAUCUAUACUUCUUCUUGCUUCUUCGUAGAAUGCAAUUAGGUUAGUUUGACAUAACCUAUUUUUCAUAAAACCAUGCUUAUUACAAAGUUCUUCCCAAUGAAUUCCUGAAUAUUAUCCCUUAAUAACCCUUUAAAUAUUUUCCCAGUCACAGAAGUUAAGCUCACAGGUCUAUAAUUUCCAGGCAAGGAUUUUAAACCCUUUUUAAAUAUAGGAACGACAUCUGCCUUCCUCCAAUCCUCCGGUAAAAUUCCUGAAACAAAAGAAUCUUGAAAGAUUAAAUACAGAGGUUCCCUUAUUUCCCCUCCUAAAACUUGUCACACCUAUAACAAGUUAAUUUUGAGCCGUUGUCAUGUGAAAUUGUGUUUCCUUGAUCAUCUGAAAUGUGUAUGGAAUUUAAUGGAAUCUCACUGCUACAAAUUUACCACCCUUGGAGAAUACCACCAUGCUCCUUCUAUGUAACUUGCUGAUAAGAGAGCAGAUCUUCAUGUCUGAGCAGCAGAACAUGAAUUGCUGGGUAACAUGGAGCAGUCUUGGGCAAGAUUUCAAUAGGUUCAGGUGUAAUUGCUUCACUUUUUGAACUUUCAAACUUUCAUGAAAGUUGCCCUCUAAAAUUUGGCUUAGUGCAUCAAGUAUCUGCAUUGCCUAUCCAAUCCAUUUUUGAGUUUCGUUUUGUAGGAAUUUUUAGGAAAUGUUAAAUAUCGUUGCCUGUGUGAUGUCCCAUAUGACGUGCUGUUGGAUAGUGGAAAGCAAAACUAUUUUCUUGCUUUCCUUUACUAUAUAUAUCUAAACUUUCCCAUAUUUUUUACUUUUUAGAUCGACGAAGCAAACCAAUUGAUAUCUUUGCUAUAGGAUUUGAAGAAAUGGUUGAGUUAAAUGCAGGAAACAUUGUGAAUGCUAGGUAAGUAGAAUAGGGAGAUUGAUGGUGUUAGAUAAAUUAAUAUAUAUUUUUGUUAAUGGUAGAAAUUAUAGUAAUUUCCAAGAAACAAAAUUGUGUUUUGAUUUAUUUUACAAUGCAGGGAGAAUAAAACUCAAUAUCUAUUUUUUAUUUUUUUGUGUGUGUGUGUUAGACCCGGGUGGUGUAGUUGAUUAGAACCCCUUCACUACUGUUGUAGAACUAAGUUUGAAGAUGUUUUGCCAAGCCUUAAGGCAUCAUGUUAGUUUUGUUAAAACCCAUCAUGUUUAACUCAAUAUUCCUGUCUAGCAUGCAUUCAGCCUGACAGCUGUCAGAGACCUGUUCCUUGAAUUUUCUAGCUAUUCUCUCUGUAGUGUUCACUUCUAUGAUUUGUGGCAGAGAAAUUUGAAGGCCACCGAAUUAAGUGACCAAGCUUUUUCAGUGGAAGGGAGAACACACUAGACAUGUGCAAAAAUUACCAAUAAAUGGUGGACAGCGCACUAAUCACCAUUUCCUCAUAGAGAUGCAUUGACUCAAUGCUUGGCAUACAUAAGCUUUUGUUUGAUUAUAAAUGGAUUAGAUGCGUCUGUAGGUUUGGCAUUGUGAGCCAUAUUACUAUGGUUUGUUUAUACAGUAAGUCUGCCAUUGUUGAUUGUUGAUGGACUAGGAAAUAAUCAGUGAGUGAAACAGGGUAGAUAACAAAAUAGGAGGCUUAUUUUUUCUUAGAUGAUUGGAAAUGUAUCAAACAAAAAUCUUUUAUUUUUUAUUUUUUUUAUUUUAAUGUUUGUAAUGCACCUAUUAUUAACUUUUUUUUUUUCUGUUCCAGCACAACCAAUCAAAAGCUUUGGGCUGUAGAACUUCAAAAAACCAUUUCCAGGGACAAUAAGUAUGUUCUUUUGGCCUCUGAACAGCUUGUUGGUGUCUGCCUAUUCAUCUUCAUUAGACCUCAGCAUGCUCCUUUCAUUAGGUAGGUUUGCACUAUUUGCUUGAGUUUUUAUAUUGCAGUGAAUGUCUUGAAUGCAAGUAUCUGGUGAUCUUCAGAACCAGUGAGAUGGGGCACAGGCUGACCUCAGAGGAAGACGUCUGAUCGUACUUUUCUGAUGUCUUGCAAUUCAAUACCCACAGCGCAGGUGUACAGCAAGUAUUUUUGAUGUAGAAUAUCCUGACUGUUACACACUUGUCACCCAUUCUCGUGACUGUUUGUUACAGGGAUGUUGCAGUUGAUACGGUGAAGACUGGAAUGGGAGGAGCUACAGGAAACAAAGGCGCCGUAGCAAUUCGCAUGCUAUUCCACACAACCAGCCUGUGUUUUGUCUGCAGUCACUUUGCUGCAGGGCAGUCUCAAGUCAAAGAGAGAAAUGAAGAUUAUAUGGAAAUAGCCCGUAAACUUAGUUUUCCAAUGGUAAGUACAAAAUAAGUUAAAAUUAUUAUAUAACCUUUUUGGAAUAAUGGUUUAUGGAGUUCAAACAGAUGGGUGACCCAACGUGAAAAUACAUUCUAUAUUACCUUAUGACAAUAUUAUUUCGGCUAUAGAGAUAUAUAGCUAUAUCAGAUAGUAGGAUCAUAGAAAAAGACUCCCCACCUCCCCCCCAAGGAAAUAGAAGACACUGCUGCUCCCCAUAGACAGGUAACUGUAAUGCAAUUAAGUCACAAGUGUCUAUACUGGAAGUAUCCCAAGGGGAAGCAGAAUAUUUAAACCACAAAUUAGUCUCUUAGCAGAGAGAAUAUGAGGGCAGCAGAUGCUCUUUGAAAUCUGUUCCUCCUACGUUCUGCGCAUUAAGCUCACACGAAUAACUAUUCCUGUGUAAUCUGUGUUACAAGAAUCAUACCAUUUCUUACACUAUUGAAACAUGUUACAGGCCUCCUACAGAUUUUCUUUCCUAUAAUCUGUAUUUUAAUGAAAACACGUUUGCUGCUGACUGCCACACCUUUUCUUUUUAUUGCCCCAACUUGAUUUUUUCAUAUCUUCAUAUAUUUCAUCUUUAAAAGUGGAGCAUUUUUUUUUGAGGGGCGUGGUCUGACUGUCGAUGAGACCAGACGUGUUCUUCUAGAGCUCCGUUCCACCGGCGCCUAAAGCUAUAAACAGCGACCAAAAUAGUAGAAUUUUUUGCCCUCACAUACCCUACUAUGGAUAGAAGACCUUCUAAGAAACAGCCCAAGAGGACCACGGAGUCCGGAGGCUCCGUUUUGGACCUUCUCACAGCUUCUCGGCAUAGCCGCGCUGACAGCCAAGAUGGCGACGGGAGUUCCCCACACGCAUCGCCUGGCGCGGAUAGAGAGGCCCUCUCUGCGGAACAGAAUACCGUUCUAACAAAAUUGGCAGAAGUUAGAUCUUUCCUCGCGGGGGAGAUCGCCAAAUCGACGGCGGUACUACAGGCAGAUAUUUGCGCCCUGGGAGAGCGUACUGCUAAACUGGAGGAACGUGUGGAGGCGACUACACAGGCCCACAAUGCCGCUGUCGACAGAGUGAAUCGCAUGACGGCCCAUGUUAUUGACAUGGACCUGGCCCUGGAAGAUAUGGCCAAUCGCUCUAGGAGGAAUAAUGUCCGCCUGAGAGGCUUACCAGAAAGGCCAGAGGAAGACUUACAAGGGCUGCUGAUGUCGAUCUUCCAGCCCCUCCUUCCACACAUUUCGGAGGAACACUGGCAUAUGGAGAGAGCUCACAGGGCGCUGAAGGCGCAAAGAGCGGAGAUCAAUACCCCGAGGGAUGUCAUCAUAAACUUCCUAUAUUAUAAAACCAAAGAGGCUUUGAUGAAAAAGAGUAGAGAGGGUCCUAUCCGACAUGAUGGAGCCCUUAUCUCUUUUUACCAGGAUCUGGCCCCUUCGACACUACAGAGGAGAAGGGACUGGCGGCCCAUCACUGGGGCUCUGAGAGGGGCAGGUGUGAAAUAUGCAUGGGGCUUCCCCUUUAAAUUGAUGGUUUUCCGAGAUGGCCGGGCGCACAUUCUGUCACCGGGGGGAGACCCGAAGCGACUGUUCCAGGGCCUGGGACUACAGCCUCCCCCGGAUCUGCCCAACUUGGCGAUGGGACCGGAAGAACUGCCGCAGAUGCAAGCUGAGUGGCACGGAGUGGGACCGAGAAGCCAACGUUGAUCCUAGCGGUAUCGUAUAACCCUCUUAUACCUGCAAGGGAUAAUUUUUUCCCCCCCUUUUUUCUACAUAACUGUGGGCAGCCGAGACUUUUUUCCUUUUGUUGGGCGGGGGAUGGGACUGGGGAUUCGGAAGCAUUUAUUGCGCUUGGGCCUUCCCUCUGAGUCGGCUGUUAUGUGAACGCCUUUGCCAGGGAGAUCGGGGGUUUUUUGUUUUUUGACCCCCGGUUGACCCUCACUUAUCCCGCAAGUUAGUUACCAUGAGACAAUGAGGGCAGUGACGCUGGGGUACAGAUGCUGACGCUACUCCCCCUGGAUCUGGCCCACUGCAUCACAUGUGUUUGUUUUUACCCUUGGUUUUUUUGUUUUUUUUUUUUUUGGGAAAGAAGUUUGUAUAUGGAAUUUUUUCGAAUCCGGACUAUAUAAUGUGGUUUUUUUAUGUGAAUGUGCCCCGUUGAUGGUAUUGUUGGGGUUGAUUUAUGCAGCUCGGGGUCCGCAGGGUGGGUUGCCCGCAUAUCCUCACACUAGGCGGUACCUCCCCUAUUGGAGUUUUUUUUGCCCCAUUUUCUCUUCUUUCUCUCUGGUUGGCUCCUUACCCAGUGACCCGAGACCUUCCCCCUAACCAGGGAGUUAAAGCUUAAUUUACGACAAAACACAAAAUAUAAAAAUUAUUUCUCUAAAAAAAAAAAAAAUAAAUAAAAAAAAAUAAAUAUAUAUAUAUAACAAAAAGAAAUAAAAAUAAUAUGUUUUGUAUAGGGAGGGGCGGGGUUGACGGGCAUAGAAUGUGUUACUUGUAGGGGUUCGGAAAUCAUGGGGUAAGUGGGCGGACUUUCAGUAAAGCAUGGUUUAGGCCCACUUUCAUGGUAGGGGUGGCAAUAGAUGCAUGUGAUGGAAUCGGAGGGCUGAAAAAUUUUAAAAUUUAUUUGCGGUUUUCGUCAUGUUAGAGGUUUCCCUUUUUUGAAAAGAGGGGUCCCAAACGUUAUGCCUUGAGAGGGGAGUUGGGCAGUGAUUAGUAUUCCUCCCCCCCUGCAACUUCCAAAGGGGAUAUGAAAAUGGAGGGUAGGACAUAAUGUGAGAUGACCACAGGAGGUAGGAAACAAAAAGGGGCAGUAUUUUAAACUUGACGAAGCCUUACUUAGUUUUCUCCACUGAAAAAGAAAUGGUAUACUUAUGCACAUAACUGUGCACCUGACCGGUGAUCCAGCAUGUGUAGCUGUUCUCUCCCCCCCUGGGAUUGUGAGCCCCGGUUUGUGACUUCCGUCGGUGGGCCUAACCCCGGGCGCCCGCGGACCCGCUUUGUUUCUCCUCGGACGGGGGGAGUGGGCCGCGUUCGCCCCGGGGGGGCUACCAUAGCUGGGAUAAUAUGGGUACCGCUGCCUCCUGUGCGGCUGCUUGUCCCCUCCGGCUGGCCCUGUGAGUUUUUUCCGGGGGGUCAGCCGGAGGGGGUGACCACCCGGCCGGGUGGGCGGCGGCAUAUUGGGGGAGGGGGAGGGGUUCAUCGUUUUCAGCGGGUGGGGGGGGGGUGUUGUGGAGGUCAAUGUACGUAUCUCUCUCUCUUUAGUUCCCUAUCUUAGUUUCCAGUUUUUGCCGUAAAUAUUUAUUGAUAAGCAGGUUAGAUCGCGGUGGCCCCAGAUUUAUUGGCACACACAUUCAUCGUGAGGUCUCCCAUGGUAUGAUUGCCGGUAGAGAGCCGUGGAACUGCCGAGCUCAUGGUCACCAUCCUGGCUCCUUGUGCCAAUCAUAGGGAGAAUGCCAAGAUCAUGACUCCAAUAGGCUUGGCAGGGAGGUAGGAUGUUUACCGGGCCAAAGAGAUCAAUGGUGGACGGGGACUAACGUUGAGUUCCCCGAGUGAGACCGGCACCGAGGCGGGGGGAGGGCAACGAAUGGUAGUGGUUAUUAAGUGACAAAUGAAAAGGGUUUUGCUGAUGUAAAGGUCUAAAUUUACUAUAAUAGGCGCCUAAUUGGUAGGAGCUCCGUAUCCCGAUGUUCCUCCCAACGUUGAUCGUGGCAGGGAAACGGGACGACGUCCCCACUAAUCUCCUGGCGGACAGUAAGACCAGGAUCUCAGUGCACCGGACUGUGUUCGGGUGCAGCCUUUUUUUCUAUUCUAUCUUCUCUCCCCUUUUUUUCUUUCUUCUUUCCCCCCUUUCUCUUCCUAGGGGGGGCUGCGGGGUUGGGGGGUUGGCAGUGGGCGUGCUUCAGAGACCCGAAAAAGAGUCUGACAGGACAACGAACGUGAAAUUAUUAUACAGAGCCUUACCUGACUUACCUGAUGGAGGUUAAAAUCAUAUCCUUGAAUGUUAAGGGAUUAAACGCUCCUAAGAAGCGUAGACUCCUAUUACGGGAACUAAAACGAAUGAACUCGGACAUCGCUUUUGUCCAAGAGACCCAUUUGCCAGCACAGGCCAAGUUUAGGUUGAAAGAUCAUACGUAUGCAGGCUCUUUUGAAGCCAGGUCCCAUUGCAAACGAAACGGCGUAGCGAUCCUUAUUAGAAGUAGCUGCCCUUUCCGUAAAACGCAUUUUGAAGCAGACCCAGAAGGUCGAAUGGCUAUCGUCUCAGGCGUUCUACAUUCACAUACGGUCCAUUUGAUCAACAUCUAUGCGCCGAAUCAGCCAGACCCGUUGUUCUGGGAAGUGCUGCGGGAGAAAAUUAGGGGGCUGCCCCAUGGAAUGAUAUUUUUAGGGGGCGAUUUCAAUGCGGCCCCGUGCCCGGCAGUGGACAGGAGUUCGCGGACGGGUGCCCCUAGGUCACAGGGUAGGGGGGGACAGGAUCGUCUGCUUAAAGAUUUUAUAGCCGCCACAGGACUUAUAGAUGUUUGGAGAGCUCAUCAUCCGGGUGAUAAGGAUUACUCUUUUUACUCUGCUCCACACGGAACUUACUCAAGGAUAGAUCUCUUCUUGACUAACGCAGCAGGCAUGUCCCGAACCGUAGGAUCCCGGGUAGGCGAAAUUUCAUGGUCGGACCAUGCAGAUGUCUCCAUUACGCUGGGUAACUUAUGUAUCGCCUCGCCAUGGACAUGGAAAUUGAACACGUCCCUACUUCAAGACCCAGAGAUAUUGGAGCAAACCAGGAAAGGAAUCAUGGAAUAUUUCGAAUUCAACACCACCCCUGAGGUGAACGCGUGCACGAUAUGGGCGGCCCACAAGGUAGUUAUCAGAGGGACCUUGAUCAAGCUAGCCACUAGAAAAAAGAAAUUGAAAUAUCUACAGCUGGAGAAGUUACUAGAGAACCUGAGAUCCUUAGAACAAAGACAUCAAGCGGCGCCGACAGAGAUUACCCUCAGGCAAUUGGGAGCGACGAGACGGGACGUUCGCACUUUGCUGUUGGACGAUGCGGCUCGUUCUCUGACCUGGUCAAAACGGACAUUUUUCGAGAAGGCGAACAAAAUGGACACCUUAUUAGCUAGAACGCUUAGGCCGAGGCAAGAGAGAUCCCAUAUAACGGAGCUCAAACAUUCAGAUGGUACGAAGAGAACAAGACCAGCUGAGAUAGCUGAGAUUUUUGAAGAUUUCUACAAAAGAUUAUACAACCACACCCCGGAAGGAAGCCCCCACGGUGCUCGUGAAGAAGAAUAUAUUUUGCAAUACCUAGACAAGCAGGGAAUGACUAGACUGAAUGGGGAGGCAACACACACGCUGGCAGCAGAUAUUUCGGAAGAGGAAGUGGACAAAGCUAUCUCGAGCUUGAAAGGAAAUAAAGCACCGGGGCCAGACGGUUUCGAUGGUUCAUAUUACAAAACCUUUAGGAAAGAGCUAACGCCACAUCUAGUCCACCUAUUUGGUAUCCUACGGCAAGGUAGGCAUUUAGACCCUGACAUGUCAUUGGCGACCAUAGUGCUUUUGCCCAAACCUGGGAAAGACGCAUUGUAUCCUGAAAACUAUAGGCCUAUUUCACUAAUUAACCAUGAUUUGAAAAUAUUGGCAAAAAUCCUGGCUGAUAGGCUGAACCCUUUACUACAUUCUCUUAUCCAUGCAGAUCAAGUCGGUUUCAUCAGGAAUAGACAAUUAUUCGAAAACACUAGACGGAAUAUUGAUUUGAUUUGGAGGCAGGUGGCAUUGGGGACCCCUACAUUGGUAGUCUCCAUUGAUGCAGAGAAAGCUUUCGAUAGAGUCCGGUGGCAAUUUCUGUUCCCAGUUUUAAAGAACAUGGGAUUCCCGGAAGAAUUUCUAACGAUGACGAAAGCAAUGUAUCAUAAUGUUCGGGCGCAAGUGCAGAUAUCGGGGGCCCCACUACGCCCCUUCCGGUUGCAUAAUGGAACAAGACAGGGAUGCCCACUCUCUCCCCUUCUUUUCGUUUUGGCCCUGGAACCCUUACUACAGGCAGUCCGAAGACACCCGAACAUCGUUGGUGUACAGGUAGGAGACAAGGAAUUUAGGGUUUCAGCUUACGCUGACGAUGUUCUACUGACCAUCACGAACCCUAUAGAAUCGAUGGAAGCAAUACAAGAAGUCAUAGCCGAGUACGGUGCGCUAUCAGGUUAUAAGGCAAAUAUCCAGAAAUCUAGUGCUCUACCACUGUGCUUGUCGCAAGCUGAUACGGUUCGGCUACAGGAGAUUUACCAGAUCCGCAUGGAAACGGACUCCCUGAAGUACUUGGGAAUUAAUAUGACAGCUGAUCCCGAACGCCUAUACUUAGCUAACUAUACCCCUAUUUUUAGAGAUCUGAUGAGGGACUUAGACAAAUGGACGGACAAACCCAUAUCCUGGAUCGGUAGGAUACACUCAGUGAAGAUGAAUAUACUUCCGCGUGUAUUAUUUCUCUUCCAGGCGCUACCCAUAAGAGUAACAAAGACGCAAUUACUACCGCUGCAAAGAUCGAUUGGAGAUUUUAUCUGGCAGAACAAGAGACAUCGAAUUGCUAAACAAGUGUUAUACCGUCGCAAAGACAGAGGGGGAUUGGGCCUUCCGAACCUCUAUUUCUACUACUUGGCGGCUCAACUGGCGCAGAUAGUCAUGUGGCAUUCCACGAUGGAUGAGAGAAGGUGGGUAGAAAUAGAGGCUAUGAUGGUAGGUGUUGACGUACCCCAGUUCACGAUAUGGGUCUCGCCAGAACAUAGACCGGAGAUACGAAAAACAUGCCCGGCAAUCCUUAACUCGAUACGAAUAUGGGAUACUUGUAGAUUAAAAUAUGGUCUGGCCUCAUCCCCUUCUCCAUUGACCCCCUUUUUGAGAAAUAGGGAAUUCCCGCCUGGUAUGGCCCCCAGAGACUUUAGAAACAUCGAAAGGACUGGGCUACAAAGGAUUCAUCAAUUAUAUCAUGAUGGAGAGGUAGUACAAUUUGCAGAUCUUCAAGCAGAAAAUCAUUUAACCCCAGCAGAUUUUUUUAGAUAUGUCCAAAUACGGGACUUCGCCAAGAAACCACAUAUCAAGUCGGCAGCCACCAGGAGACCCACUUUUUACGAAAGGAUUUGCUCGGAGGGGGCAACCCCCCAGGGGCUGAUUACCCUCUUAUACGCACACCUAUGUGGUGAAAAUAAAGAAUGGGGAAAGUUAACUUACAUUGAUCAAUGGGAGAACGAUCUCGGCGAGACUUUGGAAGGGGUCGAGUGGCAGGAGAUAUGGGAAGCAAGCGCCAAGGUAUCCAUUUGUGUCACCCUUCAAGAACAGGCUUGGAAAACUCUGUUCAGAUGGUAUACUACCCCAGUUAAACUUCAUAGAAUGCAUAAACGGGAGACAGAUGAUUGUUGGCGGGGGUGUGGAGCACGAGGGACUUAUAUUCAUAUGUGGUGGGGGUGUCCAAGGCUACUAGGCUUUUGGAAGUCUAUUGAAGACCUUUUGAAACAGACGUUUGAUAAACCCCUGAAAAUGGACCCGUGGAUUUAUUUAUUAAACAGAUCAAUUGAUGGAUGGACCAAAAGGGAGCAGAGGUUAGUACACAAAAUCACACUGUGUGCGCGCAGAGCAAUAGCAUUGGCAUGGCUUACAGUAGAGGGCCCGGAUUUCGCAGGAGUUAUACCUAGAAUCAAAGAAUGUAGAGUGAUGGACGAUCUAACAGCAAGGGUGAGAGGUAAUGUAUCGACGUUUCAUAAAAUUUGGGAACCCUGGGACAACAGUGUAGUUGGCUCGAGAGGGGAGUGAGUGCCUUCCCUGGUACAAGUACGAUUCGCACCGGAAUUCAUUAACGCUAGCAGGGCCUUCUGUAUUGGCGGGGCUGCUGCCUUUUUUGACCCCUCUCUCGUUGGCCCUCCCACCCCCCCCCCCCCACCUCUUUUCUUUUUCUUUUUUCCUCUUUUUCUUUUUUCUCUCUUAUAAACCUUCCUCUAGCUUACUUCAUCCCCUUUCCUAUCUAUUUCCUUUUUUUUUCUCUUAUAUUUCAUUUUUUCUUGCUUUCGUUUUUAAUUUUUCCAGGCAUGGUCAUAUGAUGGGAGGAAAAUGAAACAAUGACACGACACUGAUUAAUAAAUCUGAGUGAUAGCUGUCAUUGAUAUCUACUCAUAUUAUGAUUCGCAUAUAUCCCUCUCCAGAGUUAGCAAACGCCUACCGUAAAACAAGAACAGGGUUGGCAUUAAUGGAGCAGAAUGGUACGUGAUUACUCCUAUCUUGCAGGGCAAUUAUUUAGAUAGUACUUAGCCAAGCUGGGAUCUCAUGCCUAGGACGGAUAAGGAGCUCAUAGAUCACAUGAUAUCCACGUUACCGACAGAUGUCAACAAUGUGGCAAGGCUGGAGUUUAUUUAGUGUGACCAAAAGAAAUGUAUUUUAAGUGACCUUUAUAUUAACUUUGAAAGGGAUCGAAAAAGACUUCCUUUUUUGUUGUGUGAAUAUAAUGUUUAUAAUUAUAUAAAAACAAAAAUCCUCAAUGGACGGCAAGUGCUGAUAGCUCAAAUAUGACUGGGCUUAUAUUGUGAUUGUUAAGCUGUAUUUUGUAUAAUACUAUUAUUACACUGGCUUUUGCAUAAGCCCAAAGUCGUUAAUAACUUGAUGUGUCUAUUGAGCAAAAAUAAAGAAUUUAAAAAAAAAAAAAAAAGUGGAGCAUUUUUUGUUUUGUUUUGUUAGGGAAGACUGCUGUUUUCUCACGAUUACGUGUUUUGGUGUGGAGACUUUAACUAUCGCAUUGAUCUACCAAAUGAAGAAGUUAAAGAACUGAUCCGGAGCCAGAACUGGGAUUCUCUGAAUUUAGGAGACCAGCUGAUUAAUCAGAAGAACAACGGACAGGUAUUAAGACACAUAACUGUGAACUUUCUAUUAAAGUUGAAAAUAAAAUGUCAUUUACUUGCAGAUUAAAUUGCAAAUGAACAUAUUGCUUGAAAGAAGUGUAAUUGAUUUUCAACAUUUAUUUGUGAGACAUUUGUUAUUUUCACUGUUGGAGAUGUCCUGCCAUCGGGGGGAGGGGAGGAGAGUGGGCAAGUAAAGGGGUAAGAUGGCCACGUAUGUAUGUACUUUUUAUUUAUUUAUUUGACUUCUCAAUGCAGGUUUUUCGGGGGUUUCUAGAAGGAAAAGUAAAUUUUGCGCCUACGUAUAAAUACGACUUAUUCUCAGAUGACUAUGACACAAGUGAGAAGUGUCGUACACCAGCGUGGACAGAUCGCGUUCUCUGGAGGAGAAGAAAAUGGCCGUUUGACAAGUCAGGUGAUUUUAAGGUUUUGGGAUUCCCUUUUUUGCAUUCUGCUUUCAUAUUGGUAUCUAGUCUAUCUGGAUAGUUAAAGGUACAGUUUAGGUCUUGAUUGGGCAUGGAACCAAUAAACUAUUAGCUAACCUUGUGAGCGAACAAUGACUUUUCACUGUAUUUCUUUGUUUAGGUUUACUACAACUGCCAUGGUAAAAAUAUGUCCUUUUGGACAACAUUGAAUUAUCAUUUAUCUGUCUGUAGCACACUGACGAUUAAAGUAUCUCCAAGGAUGAAUUCAAUAGGAGGGGGGCAUGGUCAGGAAGCCAUGGUCAUAAAGUUGUUCUAGUGAGCGAAACUGCUUUCCCGACCUAGAGAAGAAUUCACGUGUACUGUGUGUGAUCUGCUUUAAGCAUUAUAUGUCCAUAUAGUCAGAAAUCAUCUUUACAUCCUAGGCCUUGUUUGUUUGUUUUGUAGCUGAAGAUUUAGAUCUCCUGAAUUCAAGCCUACAAGAAGGGAAUAACGUUUCAUACACAUGGAAUCCGGGCACAUUGCUGCACUAUGGCAGAGCCGAGCUCAAAACGUCAGAUCACAGGUACGUAACCUAGACAUGUGAGAUUGGUAUUUUUUUUUUCUUUUUCAAUAUGUGAAAACAAAAAGGUUUAGAGUUAAAAAUUUUACCCAUCUUGCAGGCCUGUUGUUGCCCUCAUCGAAGUUGAUAUAUUUGAAACUGAAGCAGACGAGAGGCAAAAGAUCUAUAAGGAGGUGUUUGCGUCCCAGGGGCCCCCUGAUGGCACAAUAAUGGUCUCCCUCCAGAGCAACACCCCAGAAGAUAAUUAUUUUGAUGACAGUUUAAUUGAUGAGCUGCUCAAUCAGUUUUCAGGCUACGGGGAAGUUAUACUUAUCAGGUAAAUUUCCAUUUUUAUUUAGAAAUAUUGUAAGCUAGCCUUUUCAUGUAAUGAUGGAUAAUCCUAGCCAGGCCACGAGGGCAGCUAACGUUACCCAUGUAGAUAACAUGGUCAGUAAUCUACUAACCAAAGAGGCCAUCGUCCUUGGUAAAAAUGAGAUCCAGGCCCAUAAAGAGUUAAAGGAAAAAAAUAGCAAAUUCCGGGUUUGGCUUGCAUGGCUUUUACAUCAGUUUUAUGCUGCAAUAAGGGACACGUGAAAUAGGUUAUUGAUAGUUUAUCUCUAAGCUAUCACUGAACUUACCAAUUUUCAAACAAUCCGAAUUUUCCAAGAACUACAGUUAAGUAUUAACAGACAGUCCUCUUUCUGCAGGUUUGUGGAUGACAAAAUGUGGGUUACAUUUCUGGAAGGAAGUUCUGCUUUAUCUGUUUUGGACUUGAAUGGCACAGAGGUAAUGUGAACAUGUUUGUUUAUGGUUAUAUAUUUAUUUUAGAGAACCAGUGGUGUAGCUUGUAUAGUAUAGAAAGGCUGCACUCUCCUAAACAUAAAUCCUUCAUAAGGGUGCCGCUGUAACCAAUAAGUAUUGCAAACUCGAUAGAGCGCCCUCACAUUCAAACUAGCUUUAGAACCCAUAAAAUGUUAAAAAAAAUAAACCUGACCUGGGUAAAAACAAAAAUGGGGAUUUAGUUACAGUAUGUGAUCACAGAUUGUAUAAUCCUACCACUAUUUACAGACACAUAUUCAAGACACAUCCUACUAUUUACCAACCUAAUGAAGUUAACCUAUUUCUAUUCGAUUCAGAGAAGAGUGAGCAUUGUACGAAAUAUCAAAUAUGUCCAAUAUAUGCAAUAUCACUCUCCCCAAUAGUCACAUUUGGAGAAAAAGCAAAGUGUCUAAUACAUUUAUGAUAAAAACUAAUGUUUUCCCAGUGUCCGCACGUCAUAUAAUAAAUUAAUUAUAAAUAACCUAUCAUAAUGAAACUAACUCUGAUUAUUAGUGACAGUUUGUGAGUUGGUCUACGUUAUAAUUCUAAUGUCCAACUCCUCAUAAACGUGUAGGUAUUGGGAAGACCGAUCGGCAUUCAGUUAAAGAAUCCAGACUGGAUCCUGCAUUUAGAGGAAGAGAUAAAAUUGGAAAAGAUCAGCCUGUCAAUGCCGUGUUCCACAAGUUCCACUCUGCUUGCCGAAGAUGUAGACAUCUCGGGAGAUUUUGACAUGGAAGGUGAGCUGGUUUUCAAAGUAUAAGAUUACAUCGGUAUACGUUCUGAUGCAGGGCUUUUGCUUCCGGUGAGUCCAUUGGGCAUGUAUAGUUCUAUAGCAGAGGUAUCAUUUUGACACUUUGACAGAUUGCCUUCUUGCCUCAACAUACCAGAUCGCCACAGAUUGGUUGCAUGCCUUCUGCAGCUAAACUGUUAAAACAGGCUUUAAUGACUAUUGAUACAGUCAGCCUUGCAAAUACCCACAGACAUCAAAAGUAGGAGAGGUGGGAAACGAUUAUACCAUAUUAUCGCUGCCGGGGUGAGUUCAAGAGAAUUCAGAGAUAUAGGAGAACGGUCACCUCAAAACUAUUUAUAUAUUAAUGCUUUCAUCAAGUAUUGAAAGGAAAUAGGUUGUUGUUUUUAAAUCAAAUAUAUGUGAAAAAUUUGAAAAACUCAUCCCUACAUUAGUAUAUGACAGGAUCCUUCAGCCAUCUACACACACCUUGGGUCAGACGGUGUUUGAAUGUGAUAGUUGUUCAGUCUGAUGAUGUCACUGCACUGUGCAGGGAGUAAAGCAGGAAGAACAUAGACUAUAUAAAGGGUUUUCAAACAUUGUCUGACCCAAGAUGCACGUCUAUGGCUAUUUAUUUAUUUUUUGUUAACAUAUACUUUACUUAACACUGAAUCUGUUUCCUUUCAAAACUUCAUGAAAGGAUCGGUAUAUUUAAAAAAAAUAAAAUAAAUAAAAAUAAAAUGUUGAGGUUACAGUUGUCCGUUAAAGAAAAGCUCCUGUUGGAAUUUUCAUUCAUGCUAUUUUUUUUUUAUUUUUUUUUCAGAAUUUCUCCCUCUUCUGUUCUCUCCAUUUUACUCUGAAUCAGUCUUUUUUUUUUUUUUUUUUUUUUUUUUUUUUUUUUUUUUUUGUUUUAUAUCAUUUUUAAAUGGUGGUAAAAUUUGAGAAUAUCAUUGGUAUUCUUUUGCUAUAUCAGUUCAAUAGCAUGUUUUUGUUUUUCAAAUUUGAAAUGUAAUCAAACCUUGCUCAAAGCAUGAAAAUGCGCUCUUCAAUGCUUUGUGUCAAACCGAAUUUAGACUUUUUAUAUUUUUACUAUUAUUAGUGGAAUAUAUGUAGCGCUAACUUAUUCUGCAUCACUUUACAAUAUUACAAGAGGGGGAACUCAAACAAUAAAUUAGACCAUUACAAAAUGUACCAGGAACAAUAGGUUGAUGGAGACCCUGCUCAAACAAGCUUACAGUCUAGAGGAAGUCACAAUAUGAAGGGCAGAGUGGGGGAUAGUUUGAAAGUAGCAGAAUUGGAAGAAUACAGCAUAUAUAAAAGUACAGUUACAGACUGCGGCGAAACAUCAUACAAAUUGAAAUGAAUGACUUGGUGUUGUUAUAUUUGCAUUUUUUUGAAAUGUAGAUUAAGUUAGGGUUUCUUAAACAAGAAUAACCAAGCUCUAUUUGAAGAAUCGUAAAGGAGACACUAUUUUAUAUGCUAGGGAUAUAAUAAUACUGAAAUUAACAUAACACAUGUCUGGAACCUUUCUUUGCUCCAGGAGAUAUUGACGAUUAUUGUGCUGAAGUAGAGGAAAUUCUGCCUCAGCAUUUACAACCUUCUUCAAGCUCUACACUUGGAUCUUCUCCCAGCUCAUCCCCUCGCUCAAGCCCCUGCCCGUCACCCACAAUGCCGGAAGGACCACCCCCAUCUCUUCCUGUACGCCCAAGUCGUGCUCCUUCUUCAAAACAACCAGGACCCCCUGUGGCUACAUGUCAAGGUAUUUUACCCGCUAAGCCUUUUCUGUUCUUAACACAAGUUUUAAAAUGAUCAUACAGGUCUAAUUCAAGCAGGAUCUUGAUAUAGGAGAAUAAAUUAUAUUUUGGUUUAUGUUUGCUUUUCACAGGUUUGAACAAUAUACACUAGUAUAUCAAGUCUGUCUAGCCUGUAUAGUCCUAUCAUGGAGAAUUUUAAUAAGAAAAACACAAACCUUUUAACUGUUUUUGAUGUUAGUGGGUUUUUUUGUUUUUGUUUUUUUAUGUAUUUUUUUUUUUUUUUGGUUCCACCCUCUGCCCAAUUAUAAAACAAAGAUUUAAAAGCUCCAUUUUUCCAGAGCCUCUCUGAAGCAGGUCAGGCCUGAUGUAUUUUUCCUGUCCAAUGUUUCUUAUAAAAAGGUUUGGGGGACAUAGGGAGCAUGCGUGGCAAUCCCCCUUCUCCGCCAAUACAAUGUUUUCUGAUAAAGAAGCAAGCCAUUGGACAUGUGCUGAGCAGGAUGACCGUGAAAGUAAAUACCUUCAAAAAUGGAUGAUCUUAUGGAAAGCUGGCAUUAAUGGCUUUUCUGACCAUGUAAACUUGGUUCUUUCUCAAAAGAGGCCAUGUUUCACACUGACCCAUUAAAGGGACCGUUUCUAUACUCCAAAAUCACUGCAGUAAGAUAUAGUGGUCUUGGUGCUUAAAAGGUCCCUUUAUAAAUGAACACCAACACAUGAAGUCCUUUUUUUUUAAAUUUAUUUAUUUAUUUAUUUUUUUUUUGCCAUUUCAGUGCAGGCAUUUUCAUGUAGGGUAUCAUUUGGGUAAUUCACAUUUCUCAAUGGCUGCAAAAGUAUCUUGUAAAUGUGUUCUUUGUUGUUGUUGUUGUUAUUCUGCUUUUGAUUUUAAAUUGCCCAGUUACCCUUUUAAACUCAUGUUUUGUUUCUAAGUCAUUUACAUUAUGUUCUCCCAAAGUAACUUUAUCUUUUUUUUUUUUUUGGUAAUUUGUGUACUGUAGAACAUGCUUUAGAUGUCUGAAGGAAAGAAUUCUUAAAUGGUGUUACCUUGAAAUGACAUGGUCCUCUUUUGUAUUUUCUAAUAAUUAGCUUUAUGUUCUUUACUAGAUUUCCAACCAAUAACUCAACAGAAAGAAACUUUGACUCUCGAACCAAAACGUCCACCACCUCCACGACCUGGUGUUCCACCAGCACGUCCAGCGCCUCCUCAGCGCCCACCACCGCCAUCAGGUAAUACACUGCUUAUGCAGAACCUCUGCAGUGCACAUUGUGCAUUCAUAAAGCUCUAUGACUGGCUCAUUUCUAACACUCUAAUCAUCUACAUCCUGAGAUAUAUGUAGUGCUGAAUGAGUGAUUAAUUCCCAUUAAAUGUCCUAUUUGAAUGUCCUAUUAAGUGAGUAGACAUAGAAUUCUAUUGAAAAAGCACCAAACCCAUUUUUGUCAUUUUCAAUAUAUGAUGCUAUACCCCAAAGCCACAUUGAACUUCAUGUACUUUUAAUUGGUUUACUAUUUACCAUAAACCAUAAGCCUUACUUUUGCGAAGAUAAACUUUUUAACAACUGAUUUGUCAGGACAUAUCUAUCAGUGAGAGGUCGUUUUGACACAGGUUUUUAAUCAAAGGGCACUUUAUGUAACUUGUCCUAAACAUGCAGACACGUUUUAACAUUUCUUCAGUGAAGUAUCAUUAUAUGCUGCAAAAAAUCUCUUCUAUUUUUGUAUUAGUUUUAUUGUCAAUUUACCACAAUGUUUAAAUAUGUAUUUGUAUACAUGAGUGUCAAAACGUUUCCAUUGCUUAGUUUGUGAGUAACAUGUUUGUUGAGUUUUGUGAACAUUGAUAAAACAAAACAUCAAAAGUAGAACCGUAUAUCCUUCUGUAGCUGUAAGAAAAAUGGAUAUUAAAAUCACAGUACGCAUCCUGAAGAGGCAUCACAGUGGUCAUAGUGUUCGCUAGUCUCUCUAAUUGUAGGGAUGGGUUCCAUUCUGUCUCUUCUGUUUUUGACUCUUUACUGUAUCUCUCUUUUUGCUGCCUGUUUACUGUGUGCAUUAUAAGGGGCUAGGAGUCCAGCGCCCGCUAGGAAAGAAGCUGCAGGUAAAUCUUUGCCUGUUUAUUUCCAAGUUUGUUUGUAUGAUAAAUCCAACAUGCAUUGUCCUCUUUGUUAAACCAUAGCUGAAGUACAAGGCUGGUCUAUAUGAAAGAACAUUUUUAUAAAACUCAUGGCUGUUUAAAUUAUUUGACCGGACUUGGCAAGCUUAAACAUGUUGCUGUAUAACAUAUCAGAUAAAGAAUCUUACAGCAGCUUCCUACUCACAUCACAAAGAGCAAGAAAAAUAUGUCCAUCACUACUUGGGUUCAUGAAUACGGAAAGACUGACUAAAACAUAAUAGGUUGGACAUUUUUUUUCCACCAAUAAAUACACUCUGAAUCAAUCUGCUGUGAGUUUGUCCAUAAUAUAAUUAUCUAUUAUCUUAUGUGUCACCAUUUCCAUCCUGGGAGAUAUUAUCUUAUGGGUCACCAUUCCAAUGCUGGCCGAUGGCUCCUGCUGCUAGUGUAAUCCUGCAUAAUAGUUUCUUUUUAUGGGAAGAAACAUUAUCAAGGGAUCUGGUAAGUUAAAACACCCAGGGAUUAACAGAUAAGCCUGAGAAAUAUUCAACAUAUUAAGUUGCGAGUCUCUUCCCAGAGUGUGCCACCCUAUGACACGCCCAGCAGACAGUAUGUGUUUUUUGCAUGUGCCUCGCCUAAAAACAAAAACAAAUUCUAUAAUAUGCGCUAUGUUCAAGGGGUGAAAUAUUCACAUAAAAGCAGAAAUACCAAUCUCAACACAAAAAUAGUUAACUUAAAGGACCACUAUAGUGCCAGGAAAACAAACUCGUUUUCCUGGCACUAUAGGGUCUUUAGGUCCUCCCCACCCUCAGUGUUUCACUCCCGAUGGGCUGAAGGGCUUAAAACACUUACCUUUCUCCAGUGCCGGGCUCCCUCGGCGCUGGGGAACUCUCCUCCUCCUGCCGACUUCAGCGCUGAAUGCGCAUACGCGGCAAGAGCUGCGCGCUCAUUCAAACCGUCCAUAGGAAAGCAUUCCUCAAUGCUUUCUUAUGGACGUCCAGCGUCUUCUCACUGUGAUAUUCACAGUGAGAAGCGCAGAAGCGCCUCUAGCGGCUGCCAGUGAGACAGCCACUAUAGGCUGGAUUAACUCUAAUGUAAACAUAGCAGUUUCUCUGAAAGGUUAACCCUAGAGGGACCUGGCACCCAGACCAUUUCAUUGAGCUGAAGUGGUCUGGGUUCCUAUCUUGGUCCUUUAACCCCUUAAAACCGGAGGACGUACAAUUACGCCCUCUAAUAGGCGGCUCUAAACGCCGCCGGGCGUAAUUGUACGCCCUCCAGUUUUUGUUAACUUACCCGGUCGCCGGCGGUCCCACUGUUCUACUCGGGAGACUUCGCUGAACACAAAUAUUAGUGUUUCAAAACAGUAAAAUGUAUUACAACGAUGAUAUCGCCAGUAAAAGUGAAGUUUUUUGCAUUUUUCACGCACAAACAGCAUUACACGGACAAUAUUAUUGCUGUGAUACUUUUUACUGUUUUGAAACACAAAUAUUUGUGUUCAGCGAAGUCUCCCGAGUACAACAGUACCCCUCAUGUACAGGUUUUAUGGUGUUUUCAAAAGUUACAGCGUCAAAUAUAAGGCUUGCGUUUCAUUUUUUUCACAUUAAAAUUCGCCAGAUUGGUUACGUUGCCUUUGAGACCCUAUGGUAGCCCAAGAAUGAAAAUUACCCCUAUGAUGGCAUACCAUUUGCAAUAGUAGACAACCCAAGGUAUUGCAAACAGGGUAUGUCCAGUCUUUUUUAGUAGCCACUUAGUCACAAACACUGGCCAAAAUUGGCAUUUUUUGCAUUUUUCACACACAAACAAAUACUAACGCUAACUUUGGCCAGUGUUUGUGACCAAAUGGCUACUAAAAAAGACUGGACAUACCCCAUUUGCAAUACCUUGGGUUGUCUACUAUUGCAAAUGGUAUGCCAUUAUGGGUGUAAAUUUCAUUCCGGGCUACUAUACAGUCUCAAAGGCAACGUAACCAAUCUGGCGAAUUUCAAUUUCAAAUGUAACGUGCUAUAUUUGACCCUGUAACUUCCCAAAACGCCAUAAAACCUGUACAUAGGGGGUACUGUCUUACACGUGAGACUUUACUGAAUAUAAAUAUGUGUAUUUUAUUGCAGUAAAAGCAAACAGUAUUAUGACACUGUCCGUUAAAAUGUCAUGUAGAACUAAAAAAAUCCAAAAAAAAAUGUAUUUUCUCCCAUUUUUUUCAUAUUAAAUUAUGUUUCAUAGCUAAAUAUUUGAUAUUAAAUGAAAGCCCUGUUUCCCCUGAAUAAAAUGAUAUAUAAUAAGGGUGCGUGCAUUUACUAUGAAAGAGGUGUAUUACGGUUGGACAGACAUGUAGCGCAAAUGCCAGGUUUUGUUUACAUUUUGUUUUGUUCACAAUGUGUACAUUUGGCUCCGUCCUUAAGGGGUUAAGCUAAUCAAAUACACAUCUUAUAAAUAUGUAUAAAGAACCUGAAGGCAUUUCUAGUGGGUCUUACCUCAAGCGUCUGUAGUACACAGAGCAUUACAUAAUUAUCUCUCAAGACUAGUGCUUUAUCUAUUGAGAUAAUUUGGGCAUAUGACAAAAUGCCCUUUCAUAUAGGAGAAGCUUGUAAUUUAGCUAUGGUUAUGUCAUUCAUGUUGGUUUACUUUAUUGUUUUAUUUGUUGGUAUUUGAAUGUAAAAUGUACAUGAAUAGGAAUUGCAUGUUAAAUAGUGAAUUGUAUUUUAUUUCAAAUUCAGUUGCAAAUUCUGCCAGAUUGAUUGAUUGUUUGGAAAAAACAUCUAAUGGUCACAGCUUUGCUGUUGAAAGGACCAGUCCAGGCACCCAGACCACUUCAGCUUAAUGAAGUGGUCCCAGGCCCUCUAGGAUUAACCCUUUUUUUUUUUUUUUAUAAACCCAGCAGAAACUGCUAUGUUUAUAAAUGGGUUAAUCCAGCCUCUAGUGGCUGUCUCAUUGACAGCCGCUAGAGGCGUUUGCGUGCUUCUCACUGUGAAAAUUACAGUGAGAAGACGCCAGCGUCCAUAGGAAAGCAUUAUAAAUAGUGAUACUUUAAGCCUACAUUCACAGUUCAGUUUACAAAUCAUUACAAUUCACUGUUUACUGAAUUGGUGCAUAAGGAAAUACGGACCCAAAAAAAGUCCUUAUCCACAAUCCAUUGUGCAUGUUAUUUAAUAUUGCUAUGGGAUCUAUAAUUACCUAUACAUAUUUAGCCUGCAUGCUGUGAAAGGUGUGUUUUGUAGCAUGUAUGGCACACCUUGUAUUAACCUCCUUCUUCCUGGGAAGCUUUAUAAAUCCUACACUAGAUGUAAACAAGGUAGAACAAUUUCAAAUUCCAAAAACUAGGUAAAUUAAAGGACCACUAUAAUGCCCUGAGGGUGCCCCCACCCUCAGGUUCCCCGUCUCGCCGGGCUCUGGGGAGAGGAAAGGGUUAAAUCUUACCUUUUUUCCAGCGCCGGGCGGGGAGCUCUCCGCCUCCGAUCCUUCUCUUCGGCUGAAUGCGCAUGCGCGGCAGGAGCUACGCGCGCAUUCAGCCAGUCUCAUAGGAAAGCAUAUAUGAAAAUCACAGUGAGAAGCACGCAAACGCCUCUAGCGGCUGUCAAGGAGACAGCCACUAGAGGCUUUAGAGGCUGGAUUAACCCAUUUAUAACCCAUUAAGCUGAAGUGGUCUGGGAGCCUAGAGUGGUCCUUUAAAAAUUUUUUUUAAAAAAAUUAAAUUAAGAUAACUUUUACUUUACAAUGUUGGCUAAUUGCCAAAUGCUAUCAACACAUAGGUAUAAUGUACGUUUAUGGGGGCUGCAAUUAGUUCAUGGCUCGUGACAUGACACAAUGUUUCUGGAGUGCUAUGCGAUACAAGUAUCUCCCGUGGUUGGGGACCAGAUACAUGAAAGCAAAGUAGGAAGGGGAAAAUCAGAGAACAGAUGCUAUUGUAUUGUAAAAGGAAACAACCUGGCUUGUUCAAGUGUUAAAUGGAGGAAAUUCAUAGUAAGUUUCAAACCUUAGACCAAGAAAGCCAAACGGGAACAUUUCGAUUUCUUAAAAUAUUUGAUGAAGUCCGCUUCUGAGCUACCACGGAUAUAGAUAGUAUAUCCUGUCUCCAACUACCUUCUUUUAAUUCUUUUUAUUUUCUGUUUAUUGUAUUUCUACAUGGCAGCGAGAUUCUACAUGGCAGCGUUAAAACCUAUUUCUAGUUUCCCGUUCUAUGAAAGCGUUCUGUGUGACAGGGAGUUAGGGUGCAUGCAGAAUUUGAGCGCAGUGAUGUUGCAUGUUUUGCAUGGGCCAUAUGCAGCCUGUCUGUUCUCCCAUAUGUAAAUGUCUGUGAAAUCUCUAGUGUCUCUUCUUUCUUUGAAUAAGGUGCAGGGCCUCCUCCAAGCCCGGGGGUAGCUCGGAGAGAUGUUGAAGGUAAACUGAUUACAAUGCCAAACAAAUUGUUUGGGGAUUUUUUUUGUGUUUGUUUUGUUUGGACCUGUUGUGUUGCCAUUCAUCUUACACGAUUAUUUGCGAACGUGAGUGCAAAGUGAAAUUAUUUGGCCAAAAUUUUAGUUAACUUUUAGGUCAAAGUUGCCAAACUGGAAGCCUAGUUGAUUGUUUUUGUUUGUUUGUUUUUUGCAUUUUGGCUACUUUGGCUUUAAAUUUGAAAUUCACUUUAGUUUAUAAUGCUACAACGAAUAAUGCUGUGUUUGGUGCCAUCUAGUGUCCAUCACAAUCAUUAGCAUUUGCUAUAUGAAAUUAUAAUCCCUAAGAAUGCAAUACCUUUAGCUGACUUUCUGGAUAACUAUUGCAGACUUUGUAAAUAAAACCAGGUAUUGCAAACAAUCACAUGCUUCAUACAGCUUUAUUUGCUGUCUGAUUGACUGGUUGAUGACAUCAUUCCCCAUCACUUGGAAUUUGUUAUUCCUUCCAGGUUUUAACAGUAAGAUGGAACAUCCUAAUGAGUGGUAAAACUUGUGGAUGCAUUUCAUUAUUUGUACAAGGUUUGCUAAUCAAAUUGUUAAAUUAUUUAUAUUUCUUUAGUGGUUUUAAAUGAUAACCUCUCCUGGGAGGCUAAAAGUAUUUCAUACAAAAACUGGUGUAUACGUGAUUCAACAUGCGUUUGUGUAUCCCAUGUUUAUAAGCAGGGCUAAAUACAGAAUUAGCAGUGAUGUGGGCUCAAUACAAAAUUAGCAGCGCUACAGGCUAAAUACAGAAUUAGCAGUGCUGUGGGCUAAAUACAGAAUUAGCAGUGCUGUGGGCUAAAUACAGAAUUAGCAGUGCUGUGGGCUAAAUACAGAAUUAGCAGGGCUACGGGCUAAAUACAGAAUUAGCAGGGCUACGGGCUAAAUACAGAAUUAGCAGGGCUACGGGCUAAAUACAGAAUUGGCAGGGCUACGGGCUAAAUACAGAAUUGGCAGGGCUACGGGCUACAUACAGAAUUGGCAGGGCUACGGGCUACAUACAGAAUUGGCAGGGCUACGGGUUACAUACAGAAUUGGCAGGGCUACGGGCUACAUACAGAAUUGGCAGGGCUACGGGCUACAUACAGAAUUGGCAGGGCUACGGGCUACAUACAGAAUUGGCAGGGUUCCGGGCUACAUACAGAAUUGGCAGGGUUCCGGGCUAAAUACAGAAUUAGCAGGGCUACGGGCUAAAUACAGAAUUAGCAGGGCUACGGGCUAAAUACAGAAUUAGCAGGGCUACGGGCUACAUACAGAAUUAGCAGGGCUACGGGCUACAUACAGAAUUAGCAGGGCUACGGGCUAAAUACAGAAUUAGCAGGGCUACGGGCUACAUACAGAAUUAGCAGGGCUACGGGCUAAAUACAGAAUUAGCAGGGCUACGGGCUAAAUACAGAAUUAGCAGGGCUACGGGCUAAAUAUUUGACAUGUUAUUUAUACAGCAUCGACCUAUUACCUAUUCUGCAGUGGUGCAAACAUUAUACAAUUCUAUAAAAGUCAUUUGAAAAUACUACAUAGAGUACUGUGUUGUUGGGGAAAAAAAACAACUUUUUAAUGUAGAGAAAGAAUGUGAUCACCAUAAGGUGUAGCCACUGCAAAAGUAGUUUAGGGUCUUGUGUAUUAAUUGUAACAUGUAUGUAUGGGCUUAAAGGGGCACUCCACUGCCCAAAUACAAAAUAAAGCACUGUUUAAUAGACAUAUGCCAAAUGAAAACAUGCAUGCAUUUAAUUAUGCAUAUUUUGUUAUUGGGGGUAUAUCUAAAAACAGCUUGCAAAACCUGCCCAUAUCUUCUCUGAAGUCUUUUUGUGUCUGUCCAAUCACAGACUUCCCAAUGCAGCUAUAUGAGAAGUCUUUGCAAGGCAGGUGCUUCGGGCAAUUGCUGCCUCUUGAGUUUAUCUUCACUGAGUUAAACAACCAGGAAGUAACAGCCAAGGGGGUGUAACCAUUUUUAAUUUAUAAUACUGCCCGUUUCUAAUGAACGAGGACACACUCUUCACACAGAAUGCUCUUCAGAAAGUUAAACUGCUUUAGGGUGUCGCUGUAAUCUAAUUUCUCAUUUGUAAGGGACACUUGGUCCUUAUUUUGGAAUGUUCUGUUAGUUAUACCCCUGCUAGGUGAGACUUGAGAAACUGUAUCCUAUGAUGAUUUAAAUCUAUUGUGGUUGACUGUUUAAAUAGAAACCCAGCCUUUAGAUCAAUUAAUUAUCUGUAGACUGAAAUCAUAGCUCUUUGUUUAUAUCUGCUAAUUUUGUGAACCGUUUUGAUUUCUUAAAUUUAAAAAACAAAAUGAAUUCAUUAUAAUCCUGCUAUUUUGCACCAUUAUCUUUACCUGUAUCUGUUCCAUUUUGAUCUUAGCCCGUGGAUCGCUUCCCCCUCAGAUGGAAGGAACGGCCCCAGCUUUGGGAGCUUCGGUUAGACCGGUCAGUGCCUCACAGCUAGAGUCUAGCAUUCUUUUUUUUUUAAUUAUAAGUAUCAAAUAAAACAUUUACUAGACAUGUCUAAAAUCAGGGUUUGUCCUAAUUUGGGAUAUUACUGCUUCUAACUAGAGGUCUGCAGGGCCCCUGUGUCAGCUAACGGAGUAUGCUACAAUAGAGUGUAAUAAAGGCAUCAGAGUAAGUAACACAAGUAUUGCCACUACAGGGAGCCAGGUUAACAUGUUCAACCUUUGAUAGUUUCUUAUCAUUGUAUGGAAACUAAGGGGAAAAGCAUAUAAGAAUACAGAGUAGUAUUACUACUAGUUCACCUUUAACAUGUGCAUAAUUGUUCUCAUGUGCAGUAUUUGUAAGGGAAAUAAAACACUUGUUCAUUCUGUAAAUUCUGACACAAUGAACAUGUCCCGUGGGAUGCUUUUCUUUUUACUAUAUGGUGAUAACUAUGUUAAAGAUUACAUAGUUACAUACCUGAAACGAGACACGCGUCCAUCAAGCUCAGCCUUUCUAGCAUAUGUUUUUGCUGUUGAUCCAAAAGAAGGCAAAAAACCCGGUCAGAAGCACUUGUGCAACAAACUAGGAAGAAAUUCCUUCUUGACUUCAAGAUGGCAGUCUGAGAUCUCCUUGGAUCAAGAAGCUAUUACCCCACUAAUUAGAAAUGACAUCCCUGUAUGGUUAUUGUGACUAAGUGCAAGAUAAAUGAAGGGUAACCUGUUUUCUCAUUGUUAUGCAUCUCACAAAUGGGGAAUGCUACGUAUUAUAUUUUAUACCCCACAGUAUUCAUUGGAGACAUAUGGUUCCCAUAUUGCCACAAAAAAGCAGGUCUAAAAGACAAGAGAAAAAAUGAUUUGGCUUAUUCACAAAGUGUCCUUGCAUGGUCGAUUAGUUCUGCCAUGCCAUGUCUUCAUUCUAUAGCAGCUGCUAUGGCUGAUACUCCUGUUAUGUACCUCUAGGCCAAGCUCGCAACUCUUAAUUGCUGGAAUGUUGCAAGUAUUUAACAUUUCCAAAUUGCCAUUACUUUACUUUAAAAUUAACCAACUUGAUGCACCCAGUAGGAGAGGGGUUUCUGAAAGCUCGUAUCCUGUUGUCUCCCUAUGGUUAUAAUUUGGAAUACUCACACAGACAUGUGCAACCAGUGUACCCAAGUACACCUUAAUACGAUGCUCGAUUGUCCACACUGGCCCCAUUUAAACCUGUACCUAAAUGCUGGUAUGAAAGAGCUCAUUUUCAUGUUAAUGAUGAUUAUCAUUUGUCUUGAUAAAUAAUAAUUAUCACUAGAUCAAAAAUAAAACAAAAUCUGGUUUGAAGUUUGUAUUGUAUGUAUUCUGUUGUAAUAUAUAAAAAUUGUGUAUCUAUAUUUCAGUUGUGUGAUGAAUAGAAUGAUUAUUGUUUAUUUUAAGAAAAUAUUCAGAUUUUAUAAAUAAAAUAAAAAAACUAGUGCUCCUCCAUCAACUGUAACUUGUAAUUACAGAAAUAAAGUAUAUCCAGUCUGUGUUCCUGGCCAAGAGAGGAACACAUGGCUCCUGGUUUUGUGUAAUGUUAAAUGACAGUCUUUUUUGUUUGGUUUAGACGAUUCCUCCACGAGCUGGCGUUAUUAGUGUUCCACAAAGCCAUAAUCGUAUAACACCAGCCCGACCGAUCCCAGAAACAUCAGUUAAACCGGCAGAACCUGCCAAAGGUACAGUGCUUAAUGUCUCCUGCCUUUCUGGUACGCAAUGCCAUUAUAAAGGUCCGCAGCACAGUCUGUGCUUGAAUAGUGACAAGUUUCAUUUAACUACAAAUUCAGUGUGCUGGUCAAAGGAUAAAGAGCAAACUGUCUGAUUUAAUUUGAGGACAUUUACAUCUAUAAACUGUGAAUUGUAUAGGUAGACAUUUUUAUACUUUGUUCCUGGUAAGAAGGGAUAGUAGUGUUAGAAGAGACAGUGAGAGACUUUGAGUGAGAUAAUAUAUUGCAGAUUUCUGUAAGGAAUAUGUCUGUAUAUUCUGUGUGUCUCUGGAUGGAUGCCGCUGUGCUAGAGCCCGGACUAUACAAAAAGCAAAUUUAUCUAAAGAAGGCAAUACUAACUACUGCAGCUUUGCUAUGUGAAUGGAACUUCCCUUUAACCUGUAUCUGCUUCAUGCCUUUAAGAGUGACAUGUGAUUUUUUUUGAUUGCAUUACUUUGUUUAAAUCUUACAUUAUGAUCUACCUUUUCAGGACUUUCUUUUCUUCCCGAACCUUUGAAACCCCAUCCUGCAGUUCCACUUCUACCCAGUCCAACUACCCAGCCCCCCUGCCAAAAGCUGCCAGAACCUCUAUUGCCUACAGGAAUGCAACCCAUUUCCUCAACUCCGUCGAUGCAGACCCUAGACCAACCUCCACAGCCACCACCACGCAGCCGCUCAGCUCAGAACUUACCUUCAGAGCAAGUAGCCCCCCAGCUGGUAGGUUUUACAUCCACUUUGUUGGCGUUGCAUACAAUUACAUAGCAAUGCCAGGUCACUGAACACUGUAAGCAGAAUGAUGAAAGACCACACGAUGCUUCCUUAUUUAAUUAGGCUGUAAAAUGGCAAAUGCACAUGAUGAAUGCCCUAGGAAGACGUUGAGAAUCAUUGAUAUUAUCUUUUCAUAAUCAUAUCAUUUUCUUCUGCAGACAUUUUCUGGAACAGAUUAAUCUUCAUAAUUUAGAGUAGACAUUGUAUUCUACUGACAAUGUUUCUGCAACAUCAGUCAUAGAAGUGAAAAUGCUAAGUGAUGUUUGUAUAUUCUGUAGUCUGAACACAAUAAAGACUGUUUCGAGACCAGAUAGUAUUUUGAAUGUCGCCACAUGUAUAUUUUCCAUUUAUUACUACAUUAAACUAUCAGUCGUGUAGAGUUUUUUUUUUUUUCUUUCAGGUUCUCACAAGAUCAUAAUGAGUAUUCAUUGGCAUAGGUCAAAACUUGAUCACUUGGAUAUUUAGACAUAUUUAAAGGAACACUAUAGGGUCAGGAACACAAACAGGUAUUCCUGACCCUAUAGUGUUUAAUCCACCAUUUAGGUUAAAGGAAAAGCAUUGGAUUGGCUAAAAUCUGCACGGGGGCGGGGCCAAAUGCCAUUUUGGCCAAUCAGGAAGUCCUCUUUUUGAUUCAAUGCAUCUCUAUGAGGAAAAUGCAGAGCAUGGGGACGCUGAACGUCAGGGCUGCUUUUUCGGGUCCUGCAAUGCCAGGAAUACAGAUUUGUUUUCCUGGCACUGGAGAGUCCCUUUAACAAUGUCUCUCUGAUUAUUUAUUUAUAUAUAUAUAUAUAUAUAUAUAUAUAUAUAUAUAUAUAUAUAUAUAUAUAUAUAUAUAUAAUAUUUUAUUUAUUUAUUUUUUACAUUUUUUGCACACUUAAAAUGGUUUUCAACCUCAAAAUCACAUUAAGGUUUAUAUCUGUAUUUUCCUAAUAUCAUCUUCUUUUAAUAUCUGUCUUUCUAUCACAAGCAGGAGCAACCAUCAGGGUAACAGGUACCAGAUGCA